AUGAUCAUUAAAAACAGGUUCAGCUUUGACCGUGAUCUGGCAGAGUUACUCCACCAGGGUUAAUCCAUUUGGCGAAAGGCUCAGCACACGCAUACUCAGGCUGACUGGCUCUCGUUCAAGCAAAUUAGAAAUAAGUGCACUCAGGCUUCAGGAAGGCUAAAGUUAGUUACUUUAAGGAGCAGUUCUCUCUCUGUGGGUCUAACCCCAAGAAGUUCUGGAAAAUGGUUAAAGACCUGGAGAAUAAACUCUCCUCCUCACAGCUGCCCAUGUCCCUUAAUGUUGAUGAUGUGGUUGUUACUGACAAGGAGCACAUGGCUCAGCUCUUUAAUCACCACUUUUUGGCUCAGCCAUAUGUCUCCUUUCACGUCCGACAUUUCCUUAUCUCCUAUAUCUUCCUUAUCUAACGCGACUAGCCCCCAUGCUCCUUCCUUUUUUGCCCCGCUACAAAGUUUCUCCCUGCAGGCGGUCACUGAGUCCGAGGUGCUGAAGGAGCUCCUUAAACAAGACCCCAAAAAAACAUCUGGGUCAGAUGGUUUAGACCCUUUCUUCGUUAAGGUUGCAGCCCCUAUCAUUGCAGAGCCUAUCUCUGACCUUUUUUAACCUGUCUCUCCUCUCUGGGGAGGUUCCCAAUUGCUUGGAAGGCAGCCACGGUGCGUCCUUUAUUUAAAGGGGGAGAUCAAGCUGAUCCUAACUGUUAUAGGCCAAUUUCUAUUUUGCCCUGUUUAUCAAAAGUGUUGGAAAAACUUGUCAAUAAUCAAUUGACUGGCUUUCUUGAUGUCUAUAGUCCAUCCAAGUCAUCUUGGCUCCUGGACUCUGUACUUCAAGGCUGUGUUGAAACAAUGACUUAGCUCAGUUAUAAUAAUAUAAUAAUAUAAUAUAAUAAAUAUAAUAUAAUAAUAAUAUAAUAUAAUAUGCCAUUUAGCAGACGCUUUUAUCCAAAGCGACUUACAGUCAUGCGUGCAUACAUUUUUGUGUAUGGGUGGUCCCGGGGAUCGAACCCACUACCUUGGCGUUACAAGCGCCGUGCUCUACCAGUUGAGCUACAGAGGACCACAUGGCUCAGCACCUACCAUGGUGACAAUGAGUUGUCAUAAUGCGGCAUCAAAUGUACAUUAUCCUAGGGGCGUUGGCGGACACAAUUGCCCUGAGUACCUCUGUUGAUCCUACAGCUAUUGUAUGCAGUAAUCAUGAGCCUAUGAACCAGAGUUACACUGUUAGCACUGAGGCGGUGUGCCCUAGUAGGAAGUUCCACUGUGUGCAGCUCACCCUGAACUAUCAGCUACCAUAUAAAUAGCAUGUCUACUUCUGAUAACCUUCCCAGUAUAGCAUUAAAAACAAUCAAGCAACCCAGAAAAGUGCUAAAAAUAGCCCAUAUUAACAUAUGCAGCAUGAAAAACAAGGUUCAUGAAGUCAAUAACUUGCUUGUAACAGAUGACAUUCAUAUUCUGACUAUAUCUGAAACUCACUUAGAUAAUACCUUUGAUGAUACAGUGGUAGCAAUACAUUGUUAUAACAUCUACAGAAAAGACAGAAAUGCCAACGGGGGAGGUGUUGCGGUCUAUAUUCAGAACCACAUUCCUGUAAAGCUUAGAGACGAUCUCAUGUUCAAUACUGUUGAAGUAAUAUGGCUACAGGUUCAUCUGCCUCACCUAAAGACCAUUCUUGUGGGAAGCUGCUAUAGACCACCAAGUGCCAACAGUCAGUAUCUGGAUAAUAUGUGUGAAAGGCUUGAUAAUGUAUGUGAUAUCAACAGAGAAGUAUAUUUUCUGGGUGAUUUAAAUGUUGACUGGUUCUCAUCAAGCUGCUCACUCAAGAAAAAAAUUCAACUGUAACCAGUGCCUGCAACCUGGUUCAGGUUUUCAGUCAACCUACCAGGGUAGUUACAAACAGUACAGGAAUGAAAUCGUCAACAUGUAUUGAUCACAUCUUUACUAAUGCUGCAGAAAUUUGCUUUAAAGCAGUAUCCAAAUCCAUCAGAUGUAGUGAUCAAAAUAUAGUAGCCAUAUCUAGAAAAAACCAAAGUUCCAAAUGCUGGGCCUAAUAUGGUGUAUAAGAGGUCAUACAAUAAGUUUUGUAGUGAUUCAUAUGUUGAUGAUGUAAAGAAUAUUUGCUGGUCUGUGGUGUGUAAUGACAAGCAACCAGACGCUGCGCUUAUUCCAGUUACUAAUAAGCACGCACCCAUUAACUGAAAUGACUGCAACACUUAACAAAGAGCUGCAGUUAGUUUCGGAAUGGGUAGCAAGGAAUAAGUUAGUCCUAAAUAUUUCAAAAACUAAAAGCAUUGUAUUUGGAACAAAUCAUUCACUAAACCCAAAACCUCAACUACAUUGCGUAAUAAAUAAUGUGGAAAUUGAGCAAGUUCAGGUGACUAAAGUGCUUGGAGUAACCCUGGAUUGUAAAAUGUCAUAGUCAAAACAUAUUGAUACAACAGUAGCUAAGAAGGGGAGAAGUAUGUCCAUAAUAAGUGCUGCUCUGCCUUCUUAACAACACUAUCAACAAGGCAGGUCCUACAGGCCCUAGUUUUGUCACACCUAGACUGCUGUUCAGUAGUGUGGUCAGGUGCCACAAAGAGGGACUUAGGAAAAUUGCAGUUGGCUCAGAACAGGGCAGCACGGCUGGCCCUUAAAAGUACACCGAGAGCUAAUAUUAAUGGCAUGCAUUUCAAUCUCUCAUGGCUCAAAGUGGAGGAGAGAUUGACUUCAUCACUACUUGUUUUUGUAAGGUGUUGACAAGCUGAAUGUACCGAGCUGUCACGCCCUGGCUCUACGGACUCUUUUAAGUUGAGCCAGGGUGUGUAGAGUUUAUGUUUUGUGCUCGUUGUGUCUAGUCUAGUUUUGUAUAUCUAUGUUGGCCAGAGUGGUUCUCAAUCAGAGGCAACGAGUAUCAGCUGUUGCUGGUUGUCUCUGAUUGGGAACCAUAUUUAGUCAGGUGGUUUUCCCACAGUGUUUGUGGGAUCUUGUUCCGUGUUGGUUUGUGUUUUGCACCUGUGGACGUCAUGUAUCGAUUUGUUGUUUUGUUCGUGUAUCAUUUAAUAAAUAAGUAUGUUCACCUUCCACGCUGUGCCUUGGUCCUCUAUAUCCGACGAUCGUGACAGAAGAUCCCACCAAUACAGGACCAAGCAGCGUGCCCAGGCAGGAGAGGAGAAGCGGCGCCAACCGGGCAGUCGUCGGACAGGCGAGGGGCACCCCCAAGACAUUUUUAGGGGGGGGAACAUGGCAGGGACGACGGGGCCACUGGAGGCAGAUAAGGGGCGAGUUGGUGGACGAGGAGAGAAGGCCACCGGGUUACGGGAGCCAUUGGUGUAUAGAGGGAAGGAAAAUGUAGAGGCACGGCGAGAGGUACUGAAGUGUGUUGCCAGUCCGGUUCGGCCCGUUCCUGAUCCCCGUGUAAGGCCAGUGGUGUGUGUUCCCAGUACGGUCCGGCCUGUUCCUGUCCAUCGCGCCAAGCCUAUGGUGCGCGUCGCCAGCCCGGCCCGGCCUGUUCCUGCCCCUCGCACCAAGCCUAUGGUGCGCGUCGCCAGCCCGGCCCGGCCUGUUCCUGCUCCCCGCACCAAGCCAAUGGUGCGCGUCGCCAGCCUGGUCCGGCCUGUUCCUGCUCCCCGCACCAAACCUGUGGUGCGCAUCGCCAGCCCGUGCCCGUUUCACCGGUGCCUGGUCAGGUACCGGUCAGCUGCUCCACACCGGAGCCUGAGCAAUCCGCUCCACCGAAGUCCAGUCCAGCCCCAGCCAGUGGGGCUAGACCAGACCAGGGGCACUACGGGGGGGUUAGUAGAGGGUGGUGGUCAAGCCCGGAGCCGGAACCGCCUCCGAGGAGGAAUGCCCACCCAGCCCUCCCCUGUUCGGUGAUGUUUAGGCGCGGUCGCAGUCCGCGCCUUUAGGGGGGGAUACUGUCACGCCCUGGCUCUAGGGACUCUUUUAAGUUGAGCCAGGGUGUGUAGAGUUUAUGUUUUGUGCUCGUUGUGUCUAGUCUAGUUUUUGUAUAUCUAUGUUGGCCAGAGUGGUUCUCAAUCAGAGGCAACGAGUAUCAGCUGUUGCUGGUUGUCUCUGAUUGGGAACCAUAUUUAGUCAGGUGGUUUUCCCACUGUGUUUGUGGGAUCUUGUUCCGUGUUGGUUUGUGCUUUGCACCUGUGGACAUCACGUAUCGAUUUGUUGUUUUGUUCGUGUAUCAUUUAAUAAAUAAGUAUGUUCACCUUCCACGCUGCGCCUUGGUCCUCUAUAUCCGACGAUCGUGAAACGAGCUCUGUUUAAAAUACUAGCACACAGCUCAGACACCCAUGCAUACCCCACAAGACAUGCCACCAGAGGUCUCUUCACAGUCAACAAGUCCAGAACAGACUAUGGGAGGCACACAGUACUACAUAGAGCCAUGACUACAUGGAACUCUAUUCCACAUCAGGUAACUGAUGCAAGCAGUAGAAUCAGAUUUAAAAGGUAAAAAUACACCUUAUGGAACAACGGGGACUGUGAAGAGACACACACUAAGGUACAGACACAUGCAUACGCAAACAUUGUGAUAUUGUUGUAUGGUGGUAUUAAACAUUUUGUAUUGUAGAUAUGUAGUGGUGUAAUAAUGUUAUACGAUUUACUGUUUUAUAUUUUAUUUUAUAUGUAAUGUAAGUGCUUUAAUAUGUUUGGAUCCCAGGAAGAGUAAUGGGGAUCCCUUAUAAAUACAAAUUCAAAUACAAAUAGGAUUAUCUCUGGUAUGGAAUCAGGUUUCCGCACAGGUUAUGGAUGUAUCACUGCAACCUUAAAGGUCCUAAAGGAUGUCACCAUUUCCCCUUGAUUCUAAGCAAUGUUGUGCUGUUAUUUCUAUUGACUUGGCCAAAGCUUUUGACACGGUAGACCAUUCCAUCCCUGUGGGCCGGCUAAGGAGUAUUGGUGUCUCUGAGGGGACUUUGGCCUGGUUUGCUAACUACCUCUCUCAAAGAGUGCAGUGUAUAAAGUCAGAACAUCUGCUGUCUCAGCCACUGCCUGUCACCAAGGGAGUACCCCAAGGGCUCGAUCCUAGGCCCCACGCUCUUCUCAAUUUACAUCAACAACAGUAGGAAGGGCAGUAGGAAGCUCUCUCGUCCAUUUAUAUGCCAUUGUUUUGCAGCAAUGGUGCCGGAGAACAUGGCUGCCGUUUUACAGCCCUCUAACCAAUUGUACUAUUAUGUGUGUUUUUUCGCAUUAUUUGUAAUUUAUUCUAUACAUAAUGUUUCUGCCACCAUCUCUUAUGACCAAAAAGAGCUUCUGGAUAACAGGACAGCGAUUACUCACCUCGUAUUGGACGAAGAUGUUUUCUUCAAUGAGUCGGACACGAAGGAUAUCCUACAGACACCCGACAAGGCCCAAAUCCCCUUCAUUCGCAUGAGAAAAGAGACUGAGAUAUUGUGGACAUAGGUCAGGGUGCCUUGUAAGGAUCCGACGGUGAGCAAGUAAAGUGCCUCUUCCAUCAAUCCUAUUAGCCAAUGUACAAUGAUUUGAAAAUAAAUUGGACGACCUAAGAUUAAGGUUAUCCUACCAACGGGACAUUAAAAACUGUAAUAUUUUAUGUUUCACUGAGUCGUGGCUGAACGACGACAUGGAUAACAUACAGCUGGCGGGAUAUAUACUACAUCGGCAGGAUAGAACGGCUGACUCCAGUAAGACAAGGGGGGGCGGUCUGUGUAUAUUUGUAAACAACAGCUGGUGCAUAAAAUCUAAUACUAAGGAAGUCUCAAGGUUUUGCUCGCCUGAGGUAGAGUAUCUCAUGAUAAGCUGUAGACCACACUAUUUACCAAGAGAGUUUUCAUCUAUGUUUUUCGUAGCUGUCUAUUUACCACCACAAACCGAUGCUGGCACUAAGAUUGCACUCAAUGAGCUGUAUAAGGCCAUAAGUAAACAGGAAAACGUUCAUCCAAAGACAACGCUCCUAGUGGCCAGGGACUUUAAUGCAUGGAAACUUAAAUCCAUUCUACCAGCAUGUUAAAUGUGCAACCAGAGGAAAAAAAUUGUAUAGACCACCUUUACUCCACACACAGAGACACGUACAACACUCUCACUCGCCCUCCAUUUGGCAAAUCUGACCAUAACUCUAUCCUCCUGAUUCCUGCUUAUAAGCAAAAACUAAAGCAGGAAGCACCAGUGACUCGGUUAAUAAGGAAGUGGUCAGAUGACGCAGAUGCUAAACUACAGGACUGUUUUGCUAGCACAGACUGGAAUAUGUUCUGGGAUUCUUCUGAUAGCAUUGAGGAGUACACCUCAUUAGUCACUGGCUUCAUCAAUAAGUGCAUCGAUGACGUCGUCCCCACAGUGACCGUACAUACAUACCCCAACCAGAAGCCAUGGAUUACAGGCAACAUCCGCACUGAGCUAAAGGGUAGUGCUGUGCUUUCAAGGAGCGGGACUCUAACCCGGAUGCUUAUAAAAAAUCCCUCUAUGCCCUCUGACGAAGCAUCAAACAGGCAAAGAGUCAAUACAGGACUAAGAUUGAAUCGUACUACACUGGCUCUGACGCUCGUCGGAUGUGGCAGGGCUCGAAAACUAUUACAGACUACAAAGGGAAGCACAGCCACGAGCUGCCCAGUGAGGCAAACCUACCAGACAAGCUAAAUCACUUCUAUGCUCGCUUCGAGGCAAGCAACACUGAAGCAUGCAAGAGAGCAUCAGCUGUUCCAGAUGACUGUGUGAUCACGCUCUUUGUAGCCGAUGUGAGUAAGACUUUUCAGCAGGUCAACAUUCACAAGGCCGCAGGGCCAGAUGGAUUACCAGGAUGUGUACUCCGAGCAUGCGCUGACCAACUGGCAAGUGUCUUCACUGACAUUUUCAACAUGUCCCUGAUUGAGUAUGUAAUACCAACAUGUUUUAAGUGCCCAAGAACACUAAGAUAACCUGCCUAAAUGACUACCGACCCGUAGCACUCACGUCUGUAGCCAUGAAGUGCUUUGAAAGGCUGGUCAUGGCUCACAUCAACACCAUUAUCCCAGAAACCGUAUACCCACUCCAAUUUGCAUACCGCCCCAACAUAUCCACAGAUGAUGCAAUCUCUAUUGCACUCCACACUGCCCUUUCCCACCUGGACAAGAGGAAUACCUACGUGAGAAUGAUAUUCAUUGACUACAGCUCAGCGUUCAACACAAUAGUGCCCUCAAAGCUAAUCACUAAGCUAAGGACCUUGGGACUAAACACCUCCCUCACCGACAGCCUAUAGGGAGGAGGUCAGAGAGAGACCUGUCCGUGUGGUGGCAGGAUAACAACCUCUCCCUCAACGUGAUCAAGACAAAGGAGAUGAUUGUGGACUACAGGAAAAAAAGAGGACUGAGCACGCCCCCAUUCUCAUCAACGGGGCUUUAGUGGAACAGGUUGAGAGCUUCAAGUUCCUUGGUGUCCACAUCACCAAUGAACUAUCAUGGUCCAAACACACCAAGACAGUCGUGAAGAUGGCACGACAAAGCCUAUUCCCCCUCAGGAGACCGAAAAGAUUUGGCUUUGGUCCUCAGAUCCUCAAAAUGUUCUACAGCUGCACCAUCGAGAGCAUCCUGACUGGUUGCAUCACCGCCUGGUAUGGCAACUGCUCGGCCUCGACCGCAAGGCACUACAGAGGUUAAUGCGUAUGGCCCAGUACAUCACUGGGGCCAAGCUUCCUGCCAUCCAGGACCUCUAUACCAGGCGGUGUCAGAGGAAGGCCCUAACAAUUGCCAAAGACUCCAGCCACCCUAGUUAUAGACUGUUCUCUCCGCUACCGCACGGCAAGCGGCACCGGAGUGCCAAGUCUAGGUCCAAAAUGCUUCUUAACAGCUUUUACCCCCAAGCCAUAAGACUCCUGAACAGCUAAUCAUGGCUACCCGGACUAAAAUAGUCCGGGUCUGAGAUACCUAUCUGAGAUACCUACUGCAGCCCUCAUCCUCCACAUACAACACCCGUUCUGCCAGUCACAUUAUGUUAAAGGUCCCCAAAGCACACACAUCCCUGGGUCGCUCCUCUUGGCUGCUCCGCGUGAUGUAUUGUUGUCUCUACCUUCUUGCCCUUUGUGCUGUUGUCUGUGCCCAAUAAUGUAUGUACCGUGUCUUGUGCUGCUACCAUGUUGUUCUGCUGCCAUGUUGUUGUCAUGUUGUGUUGCUACCAUGCUGUGUUGUCAUGUGUUGGUGCCAUGCUGUGUUGUUGUUUUAGGUCUCUCUUUAGGUAUUGUUGUGGUGUCUCUCUUGUCGUGAUGUGUGUUUUGUCCUAUAUAUUUUUUAUUUUUAAUCCCAAACCCCCGUCCCCGCAGGAGGCCGUCAUUGUAAAUAAGAAUUAACUGACUUGCCUAGUUAAGUAAAGAUUACAUUAAAAAAAAAUUAAAAACACAACCAAUGCACUGUAUAUGUAACUAGGGAGUAGAAUUGAAGAGUUGAGGUGUGGUCUUUCCUUCCGAGCAUCGUAUUAGGCCUAUAUCUAGUUCCAUGUGUCCGUACCGUGACAAUGCCCUGAUUUUGAAAAACAACAUAGCUAAUGAAGCCACUGAACCUCCAUAAAAACAGACUGUCAUUAGCAGCAGUAGGGAAACACACACACACACACACACGCACGCACGCACGCACGCACGCACGCACGCACUCUCGCACGCGCACACGCACACGCACACCGCACGCACGCCACACACACAAACACACACACACACACACACACACACACACACACACCACACACACACACACACACACACACCACACACACACACACACCACACACACCACACCCCACACACACGCACACACACAAAACACACACACACACACACCACACACACACACACACACACACACACACACACACACACACACACUACGUACACCAAGGAGGAACACCUUUUCCAUUUCCCUAACGACCACCGCAUAGGAAGAGAGGCAAGGUCUUCUCAGCAUUGUUUUCCUCCUUGGUGUACGUAGUGUGUGUGUGUGUGUGUGUGUGUGUGUGUGUGUGUGUGUGUGUGUGUGUCUAGGUCUACUAUUAAUGGGAUGUGCUGUGUACAGGGGGUGUCUGCAAUAGCGUAACUGAAGGGAAGAGCUGAACGAAAACAAGGGCCAUGCCUACCUCUAGCUCCUCCCCUUUAAUGCCUGAGACAAACCUGUUGGUCACGCCUCCAACUUCCAAUGCCCCUCCCCCAACGCCUGAGAACCAGGAAGACGGAGUGGACUGGAAUAACAACUUCAUUGUUAAAAAACCACUUGAACAUAGUAGCAUCUCUACUGUUAUCUACUAAUAUCCUCUCAUGGGGUUUCUCUAUUCCCAAGGGGGAAAAAACACUAUCUCAGCAAACUGUCAGUUGAGGAAAAUAUUCUUCAGCUCUGGAAUGACAAUGGAAGGUGACUUCAAUAUAUAAUACUAUUUGUGUUAUAAAUGACGUAAAGGUGAACGUCCAUGUCACUAAACAGCUGCUGCAUGUAUAUUUCCCUCCUCUUGUUUAUCAGACCCUGUAGACGUGUCCCAAUUAUCUCUCUUUCCACCCAGAGUGUGCACUAGUUCACUUCCCUUCGCGGAUUUUAAACAAAUUUACUGGUUAAGUAACUCCUACUAAACCACUAAAGCCUCCAACAAAUAACUGCUUUCAGGUCUGUUGGAAGUAGUGAAUGUGAAUACUUCAAGAGAAAGGAGAUAUUAUUGGUUCUGAUGAUAGUACACGGCUAUUGUGGCUGAUUGUGAUCUGAUGAUAGUACACGGCUCCUGUGGCUGAUUGUGAUCUGAUGAUAGUACACGGCUACUGUGGCUGAUUGUGAUCUGAUGAUAGUACACGUUUACUGUGGCUGAUUGUGAUCUGAUGAUAGUACACGUUUACUGUGGCUGAUUGUGAUCUGAUGAUAGUACACGGCUCCUGUGGCUGAUUGUGAUCUGAUGAUAGUACACGGCUACUGUGGCUGAUUGUGAUCUGAUGAUAGUACACGGCUCCUGUGGCUGAUUGUGAUCUGAUGAUAGUACACGGCUCCUGUGGCUGAUUGUGAUCUGAUGAUGUCCCACGGCUACUGUGGCUGAUUGUGAUCUGAUGAUAGUACACGGCUCCUGUGGCUGAUUGUGAUCUGAUGAUAGUACACGGCUCCUGGGCUGAUUGUGAUCUGAUGAUAGUACACGGCUACUGUGGCUGAUUGUGAUCUGAUGAUAGUACACGUUUACUGUGGCUGAUUGUGAUCUGAUGAUAGUACACGUUUACUGUGGCUGAUUGUGAUCUGAUGAUAGUACACGGCUCCUGUGGCUGAUUGUGAUCUGAUGAUAGUACACGGCUACUGUGGCUGAUUGUGAUCUGAUGAUAGUACACGGCUCCUGUGGCUGAUUGUGAUCUGAUGAUAGUACAAGGCUCCUGUGGCUGAUUGUGAUCUGAUGAUAGUACACGGCUACUGUGGCUGAUUGUGAUCUGAUGAUAGUACACGGCUCCUGUGGCUGAUUGUGAUCUGAUGAUAGUACACGGCUCCUGUGGCUGAUUGUGAUCUGAUGAUAGUACACGGCUACUGUGGCUGAUUGUGAUCUGAUGAUAGUACACGGCUCCUGUGGCUGAUUGUGAUCUGAUGAUAGUACACGGCUCCUGUGGCUGAUUGUGAUCUGAUGAUAGUACACGGCUACUGUGGCUGAUUGUGAUCUGAUGAUAGUACACGGCUACUGUGGCUGAUUGUGAUCUGAUGAUAGUACACGGCUACUGUGGCUGAUUGUGAUCUGAUGAUAGUACACGGCAACUGUGGCUGAUUGUGGUGGUCUAAUGAUGGUACAGUGGCUUCGCAGGGGGAUUUGGUGGCAUUUUGGCAUCUGUGUGUGUGUGUGUGUGUGUGUGUGUAUGUGUGUGUGUGUGUGUGUAUGUGUGUGUGUAUGUGUGUGUGUGUGUGUGUGUGUGGGUUGGUUCUUCUAUCGUUGUGGGGAAAAAUCCACAAAAGUCCCAACAAGGAUAGUAAAACAAGGGAAAUUCUCCCUUGUGGAGACAUUUCCCACAUCCCCACGAGGACAAAGGCUAUUUUAAGGUUAGGGUUAGGGUUACCGUUAGGAUUAAGGUUAGAGUUAGGGUUAUGGUAAGGGUUGAGGGUUGAGGGUUAGGGAAAAUAGGAUUUUCAAUGGAAAAUAAUUUUAGGUCCCCACAAGGAUAGAAAACAUAACGUGUGUGUUGUGUGUGUGGGGUGUGUGUUGUGUGUGUGUGUGUGUGUGUGUGUGUGUUUUGUGUGUGUGUGGGUGUGUGUAUGUGUGUGUGUGUGUGAACGAAAUAAAUAGUGACCUGGUGGAGAAUCCUCCUCAGCCGUUUCCUGUUAGUUUACUAUCAGGCCUUGUUCAUAAAUCAGUGUUUCCUUUCUGCAUCCUGCUCACUUCCUGUCGGUCCCCUCCACUUCCCCUCUCACACUACUCUACUCAACAUGAACCACUGAAUGGACCAGGAACACAGGGUGAGGGGUGAGGAGCGAGGGUCUGGGGACUGGAUAGCACACAACACAAUGUCACACAAUCACUAUUCACAUACACUAUAUAUACAAAAGUAUGUGGACACCCCUUCAAAUUAGUGGAUUCAGCUAUUUCAGCCAUUGCUGACAGGUGUAUAAAAUCGAGCACACAAGCCACGCAAUCUCCAUAGACAAACAUUGGCUGUAGAAUGGCCUUACUGAAGAGCUCAGUGACUUUCAACGUGGCACUGUCAUAGGAUGCCACCUUUCCAACAAGUCAGUUCGUCACAUUUUUUUCCCCUGUUAGAGAUGCCCCAGUCAACUGUAAAUGCUGUUAUUGUGACGUGGAAACGUCUAGGAGCAACAACGACUCAGCCGUGAAGUGGUAGGCCACACAAGCUCACAGAACGGGGUCGCUGAGUGCUGAAGCGUGUAGCGCAUAAAAAUUAUCUGUCCUCAGUUGCAACACUCACUACCGAGUUCCAAACUGCCUCUGGAAGCAACGUCAGCACAAUAAUUGUUCGGCGGGAGCUUCAUGAAAUGGGUUUCCAUGGCCGAGCAGCCGCACACCAGCCUAAGAUCACCAUGCGCAAUGGCAAGCGUCGGCUGGAGUGGUGUAAAGCUCUCCGUCAUUGGAAACGCGUUCUCUGGACUGAUGAAUCACGCUUCACCAUCUGGUAGUCCGAGGGAUGAAUCUGGGUUUGGCGGAUGCCAGGAGAACGCUACGUGCCCGAAUACAUAGUGCCAACUUUAAAGUUUGGUGGAGGAGGAAUAAUGGUCUGAGGCUGUUUUUCAUGGUUCCGGCUAGACUCCUUAGUUCCAGUGAAGGGAAAUCUUAACGCUACAGCAUAAAAUGACAUUCUAGAUGAUUCUGUACUUUCAGUCAAUACGGAACAUUUCAAGAACCUUGAAAGUUUCUUCAAGUGCAGUCGCAAAAACCAACAAGCGCUAUGAUGAAACUGGCUCUCAUGAGGACCGCCACAGGAAUGGAAGACCCAAAGUUACCUCUGCUGCAGAGAAUAAGUUCAUUAAAGUUACCAUCCUCAGAAAUUGCAGCCCAAAUAAAUGCUUCACAGAGUUCAAGUCACAGACACAUCUCAACAUCAACUAUUCAGAGGGGACUGUGAAUCAGGCCUUCAUGGUCGAAUUGCUGCAAAGAAACCACUACUAAAGGACACCAAUAAGAAGAAGAUACCUGUUUGGGCCAAGAAACAUGAGCAAUGGACAUUAGACCGGUGGAGAUGUGUCCUUUGGUCUGGAGUCCGAAUUGGAGAUUUCUGGUUCCAACCGCCGUGUCUUUGUGAGAAGCAGUGUGGGUGAACGGAUAAUCUCUGCUGGUGUAGUUCCCACCGUAAAGCAUGGAGGAGGUGGUGUUAUGGUGUGGGAGUGCUUUGCUGGUGACACUGUCUGUGAUUUAUUUAGAAUUCAAGGCACACUUAACCAGCAUGGCUACCACAGCAAUCUGCAGCAAUACGCCAUCCCAUCUGGUUUGGGCUUAUUGGGACUAUGAUUUGUUUUUCAACAGGACAAUGACCCAACACACCUCCAGGCUGUGUAAGGGCUAUUUUACCUAGAAGGAGAGUGAUGGAGUGCUGCAUCAGAUGAUCUGGCCUCCACAAUCCCCCGACCUCAACCCAAUUGAGAUGGUUUAGGAUGAGUCGGAGACGCAGAUUGAAGGAAAAGCAGCCAACAAGUGCUCAGCAUAUGUAGGAACUCCUUCAAGACUGUUGGAAAAGCAUUCCAGGUGAAGCUGGUUGAGAGAAUGCCAAGAGUGUGCAAAGCUGUCAUCAAGGCCAAAGGGUGGCUAUUUGAAGAAUCUCAAUAUCAAAUAUAUUUGUAUUUGUUUAACACUUUUUUGGUUACUACAUGAUUCCAUAUGUGUGGUUUUAUAGUUUUGAUGUCUUCACUAAUAUAUCCAGUGAGGGAAAAAAGUAUUUCAUCCGCUGCUGAUUUUGUACGUUUGCCCACUGACAAAGACAUGAUCAGUCCAUAAUUUUAAUGGUAGGUUUAUUUGAACAGUGAGAGACAGAAUAACAACAAAAAAAUCCAGAAAAACGCAUGUCGAAAAAUGUUAUAAAUUGAUUUGCAUUUUAAUGAGGGAAAUAAGUAUUUGACCCCAUCUCAAUCAGAAAGAUUUCUGGCUCCAGGUGUCUUUUAUACAGGUAUCGAACUGAGAUUAGGAGCACACUCUUAAAGGGAGUGCUCCUAAUCUCAGUUUGUUACCUGUAUAAAAGACACCUGUCCACAGAAGCAAUCAAUCAAUCAAUCAAAUUCCAAACUCUACAUCAUGGCCAAGAUCAAAGAGUUCUCCAAGGAUGUCAGGGCAAAGAUUGUAGACCUACACAAGGCUGGAAUGGGCUACAAGACCAUCGCCAAGCAGCUUGGUGAGAAGGUGACAACAGUUGGUGCGAUUAUUCACAAAUGGAAAAAACACAAAAUAACUGUCAAUCUCCCUCGACCUGGGGCUCCAUGCAAGAUCUCACCUCGUGGAGUUGCAAUGAUCAUGAGAACGGUGCGGAAUCAGCCCAGAACUACACGGGAGGAUCUUGUCAAUGAUCUCAAGGCAGCUGGGACCAUAGUCACCAAGAAAACAAUUGGUAACACACUACACCGUGAAGGACUGAAAUCCUGCAGCGCCCGCAAGGUCCCCCUGCUCAAGAAAGCACAUAUACAGGCCCGUCUGAAGUUUGCCAAUGAACAUCUGAAUGAUUCAGAGGAGAACUGGGUGAAAGUGUUGUGGUCAGAUGAGACCAAAAUCGAGCUAUUUGACAUCAACUCAACUCGCCGUGUUUGGAGGAGGAGGAAUGCUGCCUAUGACCCCAAGAACACCAUACCCACCGUCAAACAUGGAGGGGGAAACAUUAUGCUUUGGGGGUGUUUUUCUGCUAAGGGGACAGGACAACUUCACCGCAUCAAAGGGACGAUUGACGAGGCCAUGUACCGUCAAAUCUUGGGUGAGAACCUCCUUCCCUCAGCCAGGGCAUUGAAAAUGGGUCGUGGAUGGGUAUUCCAGCAUGACAAUGACCCAAAACACACAGCCAAUGCAACAAAGGAGUGGCUCAAGAAGAAGCACAUUAAGGUCCAGGAGUGGCCUAGCCAGUCUCCAGACCUUAAUCCCAUAGAAAAUCUGUGGAGGGAGCUGAAGUUUCGAGUUGCCUAACGUCAGGCUCGAAACCUUAAUGACUUGGAGAAGAUCUGCAAAGAGGAGUGGGACAAAAUCCCUCCUGAGAUGUGUGCAAAACUGGUGGCCAACUACAAGAAACGUCUGACCUCUGUGAUUGCCAACAAGGGUUUUGCCACCAAGUACUAAGUCAUGUUUUGCAGAGGGGUCAAAUACUUAUUUCCCUCAUUAAAAUGCAAAUCAAUUCAUAACAUUUUUGACAUGCGUUUUUUUCUGGAUUUUUGUUGUUGUUAUUCUGUCUCUCACUGUUCAAAUAAACCUACCAUUAAAAUUAUAGACUGAUCAUGUCUUUGUCAGUGGGCAAACGUACAACAUCAGCAGGGGAUCAAAUACUUUUUGUGUUGUCAGCCACCAAUUGUGCAAGUUCUCCCACUUAAAAAGAUGAGAGAGGCCUGUAAUUUUCAUCAUAGGUAUACGUCAACUAUGAAAGACAAAUUGAGGAAAAAAAAUCCAGAAAAUCACAUUGUAGGAUUUUUAAUGAAUUAAUUUGCAAAUUAUGGUGGAAAAUAAGUAUUUGGUCACCUACAAACAAGCAAGAUUUCUGGCUCUCACAGACCUGUAACUUCUUCUUUAAGAGGCUCCUCUGUCCUCCACUCGUUACCUGUGUUAAUGGCACCUGUUUGAACUUGUUAUCAGUAUAAAAGCAGCUUGGUUUGAAGAAAUCAACUGUGGGAGCAAUUAUUAGGAAAUGGAAGACAUACAAGACCACUGAUAAUCUCCCUCGAUCUGGGGCUCCACGCAAGAAUUUAUUUGCAAAUUAUGGUGGAAAAUAAGUAUUUGGUCAAUAACAAAAGUUUCUCAACACUUUGUUAUAUACCCUUUGUUGGCAAUGACACAGGUCAAACCUUUUCUGUAAGUCUUCACAAGGUUUUCACACACUGUUGCUGGUAUUUUGGCCCAUUCCUCCAUGCAGAUCUCCUCUUGAGCAGUGAUGUUUUGGGGCUGUCGCUGGGCAACACGGACUUUCAACUCCCUCCAAAUCUUUUUGAUCUUUUAAGCUGAAUCACCAACAUAGCUAGAAGGGCUGGGGCUAGGGCUGGAUACCACACAAUAACUAUUCAUAUCCAGAUAUACAGUAACAUCUGUCAUUGUAGAGUUAAUUAAUUAAUGUCAUUUCUUCUCCUUGUACGGAAGACAGGAUGUCGUCAUAUCGAGAAAUGGUGAGGGGCUUGGCUAUAAUUAAAAUCAAAUCAAAUGUUAUUUGUCACAUGCUUGGUAAACAACAGGUGUAGACUAACAGUGAAAUGCUUACGGGCCCUUCCCGACAAUGCAGAGAGAAAAAUACAGAGAAAAAAAAAGAAAUACACGAGGAAUAAAUACACAGUGAAUAAUGAAUAACAAUAACGAGCAAUAAUAACAUGGCUAUAUACAGGAAGUACCAGGUAAUAACAUGGCUAUAUACAGGAAGUACCAGGUAAUAACAUGGCUAUACACAGGAAGUACCAGGUAAUAACAUGGCUAUAUACAGGAAGUACCAGGUAAUAACAUGGCUAUAUACAGGAAGUACCAGGUAAUAACAUGGCUAUAUACAGGGAGUACCAGGUAAUAAAUUGGCUAUAUACAGGAAGUACCAGUAUCGAGUGAAUUUGCAGGGGUACGAGCUAAUUGAGGUAGCUAUGUACAUAUAGGAAAAUGUUGCUAGGCAACAGGAUAGACAAUAGACAGGAGCAGCAGUGUAUGUUGUGUGAAAGUGUGUGUGUGUGUGUGUGUGUGUGUGUGUGGUGUCAGUCAAAUUCUUCCACACUGAUCUCGACAAACUAUUUCUGUAUGGACGUCGCUUUGUGCACGGGGGCAUUGUCAUGCUGAAACAGGAAAGGGCCUUCCUCAAACUGUUGCCACAAAGUUGGAAGCACAGAAUUGUCUAGAAUGUCAUUGUAUGCUGUAGCAUUAAGAUUUCCCUUCACUGGAACUAAGGGGCCUAGCCAGAACCAUGAAAAACAGUCCCAGACCAUUAUUCCUCCUCCACCAAACUUUACAGUUGGCACUAUGCAUUCGGGCAGGUAGCGUUCUCCUGGCAUCCGCCAAACCCAGAUUCGUCCGUUGGACUGCCAGAUGGUGAAGCGUGAUUCAUCACUCCAGAGAACGCGUUUCCACUGCUCCAGAGUCCAAUGGCGGCGAGCUUUACACCACUCCAGCCAACGCUUGGCAUUGCGCAUGGUGAUCUUAGGCUUGUGUGCGGCUGCUCGGCCAUGGAAACCCAUUUCUUGAAGCUCCUGACGAACAGUUAUUGUGCUGACGUUGCCUUCACAGGCAGUUUGGAACUCUGUAGUGAGUGUUGCAACUGAGGACAGACUUCAGCACUCGGCGGUCCCUUUCUGUGAGCUUGUGUGGCCUACCACUUUACGGCUCCUAGACGUGUCCACUUCACAGUAACAGCACUUACAGUUGACCUGGGGCAUCUCUAGCAGGGCCAGAAAUUUGACGAACUGACUUGUUGGAAAGGUGGCAUCCUAUGACGGUGCCAUGUUGAAAGUCACUGAGCUAUUCAGUAAGGCCAUUCUACUGCCAAUGUUUGUCUAUGGAGAUUGCAUGGCUGUGUGCUCGAUUUUAUACAGCUGUCGGCAACGGGGGUGUAGCUGAAAUAGCCGAAUCCACAUUACCUCAGUCAAUCGCCACAUUUAACAUCAGUGAAAAUCACACCAGUCCAAUGCUUUAGAAUCCAUGAUGGGGAGUGUGCAAGUGCACAAAUAAUCAGCACAUGGACCACGUGGAAUGACAUUUUGAAGGCAUUCCAAGAGAAGUUGUUCAGGGGUACAAUGCUGCAAUGAAAGUUGUUUGGAGAGAGAGAGUGGGCAUUAAUUCAUUCAGUUGUGCAACUUUUGGACAACAUCCAAAUCAAGAUUCCAUGAUAUAUUAACUUUAUGCAUGACCUGUCGCUGCACUCUUAUGUGGAUCGUAUCCAAUCGCAUCCAGGCGUUGUAUGCACACCCCAAGAAAAAAACUUGGCAGGUGCUUUGUUGAGCAAAAUCAGCUUUGCUUGUGUUUACAAAUUAAUAGCACCCCAGGCUGGAAGACAGGAAAAGAGGAUUGCCAAAAGACUGCAAAAGGUGAACAAGUUUGUAUGCCUUCAGCUUGGCACGUCUUCAAGACAACCUCCUGUAAGGCUGGUUGGCCAGAUCAUCAAUCAAUAGAUGGUGGGACAGACCUGCAUGGAGAUGUGAUGAUGUAACAUGAUGCUGAGAUUCAGGUCUUCACAGUCCAAACAAAACAUGGUCCUCCUGAUGGGGACUGGGACUAAAAGAUGGCUUCCCUUCACAAUAAACACACAGUACAAUGCUUACGUGAACCUGAAGUUCUCUGUCCUCACAGAAAGCCAGGAGCCAGAGAGAUCUGUGGGGUUACAUUACAGAGACUUGCAGGAGAGAGAGAGAGAGACAGAGAGAAAAAUGUGGAGAGCGAGCGAAAGAGGAAGAGAGACUGAACAAGAAAGCUAGAGAGAAGUCCCUGAGACAUGACUAAUCUUGUCGGCUCCUAAAGUAGGCCCACAAUAAAUCUAUUUUAAAGUCCUCUGUCCAGGAGUCGUAAUGCUGCAGUGCAGUAAGGUUAUGAUAACACAGAUAGUCAUAAAUAUAUAUGUAUAUGUUUUCUUGUCACAUACACCAGAUAUAUGUUUUACAGGGUCAGCCAUAGUAGUAUGCCAACCCUGGAGCAAAUAAGGGUUAAGUGCCAUGCUCAAGGGCACAUCGACAGAUUUUUCACCUUGUCGGCUCAGGUAUUGUAACCAGCGACCUUUCGGUUACUGGUCCAAUGCUCAUUCCACCCUUUGCAUCCGAAAUGGCACCCUAUUCCCUAUAUAGUGCACUACUUUUGACCAGAGUUCUAUGGGCCCUGGUCAAAAGUAGUGCACUACAAAGGGAAUAGGGUGCCUACCAGGGAGCGUCCAGUCAGUGUCAGCUACAGGACGUGACACAGAGCAUGUGUUUGUUGGGGGGGGCAGGCCAGCAGCAAUACCCAUCUCUCUCUCUCUCUCGCUCUCUCUCUCUCAUCUCUCUCCUGCGUUCUGCUUCUUCCUCAUCAUCCUCCUCUUCGUCUCUGCUCUCUCUCUCUCUCUCUCUCUCUCACACUCUCCUCUCUCUCUGCUAUGGAAAAACACUGGAGUUGAAAAUAAGCUAAUCGGGACGGAAUUACAAUGAAACAACAAUGAGAGUUGCUUUACAUUUAACAGUAAUUCAUAAGUAUAUGUGGUCCUCUGUAGCUCAGCUGGUAGAGCACGGCGCUUGUAACGCCAGAGUAGUGGGUUCGAUCCCCGGGACCACCCAUACGUAAAAAUGUAUGCACACAUGACUGUAAGUCACUUUGGAUAAAAGCGUCUGCUAAAUGGCAUAUUAUUAUUAGUACUUUAUUAUGGAAAAAAACAGGCCUGAAUGGUAUUUACAAUGAUAUAAGAUCAAUGGGAGUUAAUUCACUUUACUUUAAUACGACUGUGUGCUUCUGUACAGGAUAAUAACAACAAUAAUGGGAUUGAUAUAGCGUUUUUCAAUUACCCAAAUAUGCUUUAGAGUAGAGAGCAAAGAAACCGAAACGGUCUGGGAUUAGAACAGGGAACAUGGAACAGGGAUCAAAUAAUGGAUGAAUAGAGGGCUUGAUUCUGAAAACAAUACCCAUGUAGCCCUAAUCUGUGUCCCUGAGCCUGAGUAUGCAGCAAGCAGCAGCAAUUUGACUUUUCUUGUUCUUUGUUGUUUUAAAAAUGCUCCUCAGAUGGACAGCAAGGGAGACAAAACACUGUAAUUAAGGUCAUUUACGUGUCAGUUGUAAAUCUCCCAUCGUGUCCUCCGCUUUACAAAACAUCUGUCAUAUUGAUGUAUGGGUUCAGGAAAAAGAAACAUUUUUUCUUUGUAUCUAUGUAAAACAAACCUCAGCAGGUUAUCUAACUGCAAUACCUCGUCUAACAGCUGUAACACAAACACAUACAGAACAACACACAGAAACCGAAACACACAGAAACACCACACAACACACCACAACACACACAGCAACACCACGAAACACACACAGAACCACACAGAAAUACACACAGAACACACACGAAACACACACACACAUAAAACACACAUAAACACACACAGAACACACACAUAAACCACACACAGCACAGAAACACACACAGAAACACACACGCACACGUCCUGACAUUCACAUAGAAACACACACACACACACAGCGCACACCCGCUGCCUGUUUUUGCUACACUCCAAAAUGUAUCCCUCGUUAACAUUAAAACACUGAUAAAGUAGCCCCUAUGUCACGACUUCGGCCCGAGGCUGUCUCCCCUCCUUGGGCACACACGUCACCCUCCUUUGGUCACCCAGGUAUUGGUCGUACAGUGCGCUGCCUGACCGGAAAGUAGUGGUGGCCUACCUUGGCUAAGGAACGUGAGGUGAAACGUCUCCUCCUGUUCGGUGUGCACCCAGAGUAAGAUACCUAGGCACCUCCCAGCGGGUAAGCUACAACCUUUACCAGUUCCACAACGACCAUGGUCUCACCUAAGUGUUAUUUUUUGACUGAUCUUCCCUCUCCCAAGGUAACACCACCAUCCUGUCGUUGUGAAACCGCUCUCCAAGUCCUGCUGCCUCCUUCCUCACCGGUUCCCCCCACGACCCGCAGACUGCGGAGCCCUGUUACUCACGUCUUCCGGCACUACGGGGUGCCAGAGGAUAUAGUGUCCGACCGAGGUCCCCAGUUCACGUCCAUGGUUUGGAAGGCGUUCAUGGAACGUCUGGGGGUCUCGGUCAGCCUGGCCUCUGGGUUCCACCCCGAGUCAAAUGGGCAGGUGGAAUGGGUAAAUCAGGAUGUGGGUAGGUUCCUGCGGUCCUACUGCCAGGACGGGCCGGGGGAGUGGUCUGUGUUCUUGCCAUGGGCAGAAUAUGCCCAGAACUCUCUCCGCCACUCCUCCACUAACCUAACACCAUUCCAAUGUGUUUUAGGUUACCAACCGGUUCUGGCACCGUUACACCAGAGCCAGACCGAGGCUCCUGCGGUGGAUGACUGGUUUCGGCGCCUGGAGGAGACGUGGUACGCUGCGCACGUUCACCUCCAGCGCGCCGUGCAUCGUCAGAAGGCCAAUGCUGACCGUCACCGCAGUGAGGCCCCGGUCUUCAUACCGGGGGAUCGGGUCUGGCUCUCGACCCCGAAUCUGCCCCUCCGCAUGCCCUGCCGGAAGCUGAGCCCACGGUUUGUGGGGCCGUUCAAAGUCCUGAGGAGAAUCAACGAGGUCACGUAUAGGUUAUUACUCCCCCCUGAUUACCGUAUUAACCCCUCGUUUCAUGUGUCUCUCCUCAGGCCGGUGGUGGUUGGUCCGCUCCAGGAGUCUGAGGUGUGGGAGGUUCCUCCACCUCCUCUGGACAUCGAGGGGGCCCCGGCGUACUCUGUCCGCCCCAUCCUGGAUUCGAGGCAUCGGGUGUGGGGGCCUUCAGUACCUCGUGGAGUGGGAGGGGUACGGUCCGGAGGAACGGUGCUGGGUCCCGGUGAGGGAUAUCCUCGAUCCCUCCCUGUUGCGGGAUUUCCACCGUCGCCAUCCGGCUUGCCCUGCUCCGCGUCCUCCUGGCCGUCCCCGGGGUCGGCACACUGCUCGAGCCAUGCGUCAAGGGGGGGUACUGUCACGACUUCGGCCGAGGCUGCCUCCCCUCCUUGUUUGGGCAGGCUUCGGCGUUCGUCGUCACCGGCUUACUAACCACUGCCGCCCCAAUCAUCAUCACAUUUAUCUUGUCUUGUUUAUCACACACACCUGGUUCCCCUCAUUAGUCCGUGUAUAAGUGUUCCCUCUGCCCCCUUGUCCUUGUGGGUGAUUGUUAGUUGUGAGAGUCGUAUAGCUCGGUGGAGCUACUCGUACAUUUUGUUGCCAGGGUAGAUUUUCCCCUGUGCCUCUGUAUUAUUAGAUUCUACCGUUACAGAGCAGAUGGAAGAUAUCCAGGGUGCGAGAGACAUGGGCUGCGUUCCAAACACGUAAAAGACACACCCUCCUCCACUUACCCUCGCCUUAUGCCCUUGGGGGAAUCCAUCUUUGCCGUCAGUCCAAACAAUUAGCCAAGCAAGGGAAGUUGGCAAUUUAAGACCCUCAGCCCUCGUUUGUGAUCGAGUGUGCGAGUGUACAAUUCUGUUCACUCCGGGGCCUGAAAUGCUCCAUAACUCAAUUUGCUAUGAUUGUACAUCCGCUAAAAAAAGCCAGCCAAAACUUAAAACAAACAUCAAUAUGGAGAAGUCAACAUACAAGUGUAAGUAAAAACAAAUGUAAAUAAGUUAGAAAUUGCACAUGACAGCACAAACACGUAUCGUAAAGGUAAUUAUGUUUUUGUUUGAUUAGCUUUUGGAAACGUUAGCUAGCGCAUAACUUUCCCUGACAUCACACUUAUACAUUGUAAUUUUCGAUUUACCUGAAAUCAUCGGAUGGCUAGUAUUCGAUGUCUGCGGAUGCGUUGUCUUCUAGCCAAGAUAUGAAAUGCAAUCAUAAAUGACUGUAGCUCAUACAGCUACUGGUGGUUCCAUGAUGACUGAAAACACAACCGUGGGACGAACUUCCAGGCAAGGGCGGUCCAUUUAAAAUUCAUUCAUUAUUCCCUCGCCCCUUGCCCUGCAAGUGUCAACUCAUCAUACGUCAUGAUACGUCAUCAGAAGUGUCCACUUAAUUUGAGGGCUCAGGGGAGAGGGUGUGUCUUUUACGUGUUUGUCUCCCGAGUGGCGCAGUGGUUUAAGGCACUGCAUCGCAGUGCUAGCUGUGCCACUAGAGAUCCUGGUUCGAAUCCAGGCUCUGCUGUGACCGGGAGACCCAUGGGGCGGUGCACAAUUGGCCCAGGGUAGGGGAGGGAAUGGCCAGCAGGGAUGUAGCUCAGUUGGUAGAGCAUGGCGUUUGCAACGCCAAGGUUGUGGGUUCGAUUCCCACGGGGGCCCAGUAUAAUUAUAUAUAUAUUUUUUAAAUAUGUAUACCCUCACUAACUGUAAGUCGCUCUGGAUAAGAGCGUCUGCUAAAUGACUAAAAAUGUUUUUUUUUUUUUAAAUGGAUGCAACCAGGGCCUUGUGUUGGGCUAGUCUGCUGGUGUUCACUCACUUGUUUAACACAUUUACAGUACUCCAGGCAGGGGAGAGAGAAAGCGGGAUUGCCAAAUGUACAGUACUCCAGGCAGGGGAGAGAGAGAGGGGGAUUGCCAAACGUACAGUACUCCAGGCAGGGGAGAGAGAGAGGGGGAUUGCCAAGAAUCUUUCAAAGCAAAAUAUUAUAUUCUCCUUCAGCUUGGCACGUCUUCAAGACAGACAGCCUCCUCUGGGGCCUGUUAGCCAAAACUCAACUGUCAAUGUGUGUGUGUGUGUGUGUGUGUGUGUGUGUGUGUGUGUGUGUGUGUGUGUGUGUGUGUGUGUGUGUGUGUGUGUGUGUGUGUGUGUGUGUGUGUGUGUGUGUGUGUGUGUGUGUGUGUGUGUGUUAGUGUAUGUGCGUGCGUGUGUGUAAGAUUAACAGCGACCCCCAUGCUGGAAUCCACGCAGCGUCAACUUUACACAACCUGGCAACCGUGGUGUGUGUGUGUGUGUAACUAAAUGAUAACUCUCCUUUAAAAUUAAAAUUAAAAUUAAAACUGCAGAAUGCGAGGAAAAAAGAAGCUGUCUGUGGUUUUGGUUUCCUGCUGCUGCCAUGUUGUUCUGUAAACAGUGGAGCCAGCUGUGUGGUGGACACUUGGUGGAGAGUGUGUUUGUUUUGUGUAUAUGUGUGUGUGCCUGUGUUUUCACAUCAACACACUGAGGUGAUACCUACAGGGACAUUUGUCUUUCUCCAAAGAACGAGAGAGAGGUGACCUAAACUACAUUUUAGUCAUUUAGCAGACGCUCUUAUCCAGAGUGACUUACAGUCAGUGAGUGCAUACAUUUUUUCAUACUGGCCCCGCCGUGGGAAUCGAACCCACAACCCUGGCGUCGCAAGCGCCAUGCUCUACCAACUGAGCUACAGGAGGGCCCAGGGGGAAGAGAGGGUCUAACAAAAAUGACACAGCACCCCCACAGUAUGACUUUAAUACAUCCCCGUAUCGCUGACAUUAUUACUAUUAUUAUUAUUAUUAUUAUUAUUAUUAUUAGUAGUAGUAUUAGUAGUAGUAGUAUUAUUAUUAUACAGCACCCUGGGCAGCCUCCCUGUAUCUCAGCAAACUAAAGCCUCAAACAAGAGGUCAUCCCUUUAUUGGCACAGGCGUAAAUGUGAUUGAAGUGUAACUGCAGGGUCGUUCAUGCAAGCACUGCUUCGGUUUUUAUAACCCCACAAUCACUACAUGGUGUAUUUUCAAACCAACUGAUGGCUCAUUGCUCAUUGGUGAUUGGAACGUCACUAGAAGUUCCCUAGAAUCGCUAAAAGCCUACCACGUAUUCCAGACCAACUCCAGGUUCAUUACUGGAAUACUGUACUUGGACAGCAUUGAAUGACUCAUACGGAGUAUUAUAUUCAAGAUGCAGGAAAAUGUGUCAGUUAUUUGAGGAAUUUGAAAGACUUGAUACUUUAAAAUAUUUACAAUAACAUCAAGCAAUCAGCGUGAGGGGGGUCACGCAAACCUGAAGAGAAUGGAACCUGAAAGUUUAGUUUCACACACAGAACAUGAAAACAUCCUCUUCCUUUCGGGUUCAGCAGAAUCGCAGAAUACACUUCUGGUGCUAUUUUUACAUCCAGGCCGUCAGGACCUAUAUGCAAUCACGUGUUUUCCUAAAGCAGCUGCUUUCCUAAUGAUGACGUUCGUUAACUUGUGUGAUUACCUGGCAGCAAGAUAUUGCUGUCGGUGUUCCCAAAUCCCAGUGCCUUCAUGGUUCCAAGAAACCCAUUCAGUCAAAUUAUAUAAUCAAAUCAAGUACAGAAGAGUGUUUUGUAGUCCCACUGUCACAACUAACCCAUUGAACUUAAUCAGUGUUGUGCAAUCCUGCCCCCCCCCCCCCCCCCCUAUCAAAGCUGAUUAAAAUAAUACAGUGCUUGAUGAUCAGCUGAUUAGCUAUAUCAGGACAGUUAGUCCUGGGUCUGCUCAAAUGUAAACAUGAUGUCAUUCAGGGAUCGUUGUCACGCCUACUCCUGCUCCCUCCCCUCCGGCGCUCGACGUCAACUGUCUACUAACCACCGGUCCUGGCAACCCACAUUACGCACACCUGGCAACCAUCACCUGCUCAUCAUUCCCUCCCUGAUUACUCCCCCUUUAUUCAGCCCUCAGUUGUCUUCAGUCACUAGGUGUUAUUGUUUUUUUUUUCACGUUCAGUACGCUCCUCACGUUUGUUCAUUUGCAUCGGUUCUUUAUUAAAAUCACCUUCUGCACCUGUUUCCUGACUCCCGGCGUAUACGUUACAAUCAUAAGUACCCAUAUUGAAGACCAUCAAGGGGCUAGAGAGUAUUUACUACAGUGUAGCAGACAGACAGCAUGGCCUAUGGCGGGAUAGUAGAUAGAGUGAUGAUUCAUUUGUCUGGGUCAUUCAACGAGAGCUUUGUAGGGCAGAGUGCCACACACAUCGUCAGCUGGGUUAGAGAAAGCAGCACUCUGGGAACUGUACACAACAUUUUUUUUUUUUUUACGGCCAUAUCCUCCAAAUCACACACACACACAAACACACACCGUCCUUUCCAAGCGAUCAUAGGAAGCAGGCUUUCACAGGGAGGCUGGGAACCGACCAGGAGGAAGAAAAAAAGCAGCCGGAACCUGAGAUCACAGGAGGAAAAAACAACAGUUCAACAUCCCAGAAUACCUCAGGACUAUACAUCUCCCUUCUCCCUCUGACCGACUGGCCGGCCGGACUGCAGAUAAACAAACAUUAUUCCUCCACUCUGUUGCUGUUUGUCAGGACGUCUCUUUACUUUCCUCUUUUUCUUUUGCACUAAAUUUCCUCUGUCUUUCUCUUUCUCACACAGACUUGGUCUUCCAUCUAUUCACUCUUUGUCUUCCACCCUCUCUGUCUCCCCCCCUCCCCCUCCUCUCUACCCAGGAAACCCAGACAGUGGUAGCUGCCUCAUUAGCUUCUUCACUAAUCAGUACUGGCCACAAGCCCUCUGUCAUCACUGACCAUCUCAGUGUGUGUGUGCGUGCAUGUGUGCGUGUGUGUGCUUCAGUGUGUGUGCCUGUGCGUGUGUGUGUGUGCCUGUGUGUGUUUCUGAUACAGCCAUGCCACAGGGUUCAUGGUAGAGAUGCACUAGUUUUGGUCCUUCCCUGCAGCCUGCUAACUGUUUUACACUUCCCCUUCUUCAUCCACCACUCUGGUUUACAGAAGGGCUUCCUAUAGUUAUGGACCACUCUGGUUUACAGAAGGGCUUCCUAUAGUUAUGGACCACUCUGGUUUACAGAAGGGCUUCCUAUAGUUAUGGACCACUCUGGUUUACAGAAGGGCUUCCUAUAGUUAUGGACCACUCUGGUUUACAGAAGGGCUUCCUAUAGUUAUGGACCACUCUGGUUUACAGAAGGGCUUUCUAUAGACCUGGAGCACUCUGGUUUACAGAAGGGCUUCCUAUAGACCUGGACCACUCUGGUUUACAGAAGGGCUUCCUAUAGUUAUGGACCACUCUGGUUUACAGAAGGGCUUCCUAUAGUCCUGGAGCACUCUGGUUUACAGAAGGGCUUCCUAUAGUCCUGGACCACUCUGGUUUACAGAAGGGCUUCCUAUAGUCCUGGACCACUCUGGUUUACAGAAGGGCUUCCUAUAGUCCUGGACCACUCUGGUUUACAGAAGGGCUUCCUGAGCUGCUCCCUGGUCACACAAACCGCUCCAGCCUGGUCCCAGAUCUGUUAUUGCUGGGUUGCCAACUCCUAUGGUCCCAGAUCUGUUAGUGCACAAAAAAAAAGGUGCCUGGUCCCAGAUCUGUUUGUUCUGUUUAACCAACUCUAACUAUGACCAUAUGAGUUGGUUAAACAGCACAAACAGAUCUGGGACCAGGCAAAAAAAUGCUCCAGCAGUUCAGAGAACAUGACCUAUGGGUCUGAAAACAGGUUGAAAACCAGUUUUUUGAGGAAUGCGUGACUGGGACAUUAGUUUUUCAUGGAAAUGUAUAUUUGUUUGUGUUCUUUGUAAAUGUGACAUUCAAGAGAAGGACAACAUGAGUAGUGUAGAGCUGUGAACUUAUUUUAACCUAUAGGGGGGAGAGCUGGGGAGAAAGUACCGCCCAUUUUCUCAGAUAAGACAGAAGCCUAGAAUGACAUAGUGAAGCCAGCAUGUGUCACGCCCUGGCUCUGGGGACUCUUAUAUGUUGAGCCAGGGUGUGGAUUUUCUAUGUGUUAUGUUCUAUGUUUUGUUCUAGUUCGUGUAUUUCUAUGUUGGCCAGGGUGGUUCCCAAUCAGAGGCAGCUGGAGCUUGUUGUCUCUGAUUGGGGACCAUACUUAGGCAGCCUGUUUGGCACUGUUUAUUGUGGGAUCUUGUUCCGUAUGGUUUGUUUUGGUGUUAACCUAGGACUUCACGUAUCGUUUGUUGUUUUUGUUCGUGUGUGUUAAGUACGUUAAUUAAAUAAAAUGUACGCUUACCACGCUGCGCCUUGGUCCGCAUCUAUCGACGAUCGUGACAGCAUGUUCCUAAUGCGGAGGACGAGCCCAGUCUGACCAUGUUCACUAUGUUAUCAAAACAAUGUGGUUUUGAGCGAUGUACUGUAAGUAAAGAAAGACUGACCCGGAAGUGUUUUGAGGUCGUAGAGUUGUGUUUAGUUGUUUAAGGUCAUUUUCUUAACCCAUCUAGUGACUAAAUGACAGCCUAGGUUUCAAGUAUCGUGCUAGCUAGUCUUGGGAGAAGUCACAGGAGAGACGGGUGGGACCAAAGUAACACAGUGUAAACUGAUGACCUGGAAUCAAAUAAAAUACAGUUUAAGCACAGGCCAUUGUGUCCUGUAGUUCAUAUUGCUUUUUAAAAUGUUAGCAAAAUAUCAACAAUUUUACUGAAUGUUUUAAAAUGAACAAUGAGGCCAUUAGCAUUAUGCCUUAAUCAAUUGACUUGAUGGAUCAGCUUCUCACAUGAGGUUUUAUCAAUACGUAAAAAUGUAUGCGCACGUGACUGUAAGUCGCUUUGGAUAAAAGCGUCUGCUAAAUGGCAUAUUAUAUUAUUAUUAUCAACAGGUCAGUGGUUAAAUAUAUAUAUAUAUCUAUGAUUCUGGGUGUCAAUUACCCUGUGUCAAGCCAUGGAAAUGUGAUAAAGCAAAAUGCGUUUGUGAAGAGAAUAAAACAAGUUGAUUGUAUCAAGACACGAGGAGCGCGCAUGACAAGUACAGCUGGAGCGCAUCUGAUUGGUAGGGCUAAGCAUGAAUAGUCAUUGAUCAUUUAAAAAAACAUAUCCUACUACACUCCCAUUAAAUAGCUAUUAUGUGAUCCAUUUUAGUACGAUUAAUAUUGUGAGGCAAAAUGUUGCGGUUCCGCAAUUGUGCGAUGUUGUGAUGGUUCAUUUUCAUACAUUUCUAACCUAUACCAUUAAUUAUUCCAAUCUACACAAACAUUAAAUUAUGGCUGACAGUACAGUCAGUGGUCAAAAGUUUUGAGAAUGACACAAAUAUUAAUUUUCACAAAGUCUGCUGCCUCAGUUUUUAUGAUGGCAAUUUGCAUAUACUCCAGAAUGUUAUGAAGAGUGAUCAGAUGAAUUGCAAUUAAUUGCAAAGUCCCUCUUUGCCAUGAAAAUGAACUUAAUGAAUAAUGAAUGUUACCAACACAUCCUCCGAGAGCAACUUCUCCCAACCAUCCAAGAACAGUUUGGUGACGAACAGUGCCUUUUCCAGCAUGAUGGAGCACCUUGCCAUAAGGCAAAAGUGAUAACUAAGUGGCUCGGGGAACAAAAUCAUCGACAUUUUGGGUCCAUGGCCAGGAAACUCCCCAGACCUUAAUCCCAUUGAGAACUUGUGGUCAAUCCUCAAGAGGCGGGUGGACAAACAAAACCCCACAAAUUCUGACAAACUCCAAGCAUUGAUUAUGCAAGAAUGGGCUGCCAUUCGUCACGAUGUGGCCCAGAAGUUAAUUGACAGCAUGCCAGGGCGGAUUGCAGAGGUCUUGAAAAAGAAGGGUCAACACUGCAAAUAUUGACUCUUUGCAUAAACGUAAUGUAAUUGUCAAUAAAAGCCUUUGACACUUAUGGAAUGCUUGUAAUUAUACUUCAGUAUACCAUAGUAACAUCUGACAAAAAUAACUAAAAACACUGAAGCAGCAAACUUUGUGAAGACCAAUACUUGUGUCAUUCUCAAAACCUUUGACCACGACUGUACAUUUUUUGAAAGUAAUGAGCAUUUCAAAACAGAAACAGAUAUUGUGCUCUUCUCACCAUCUGUUACUUCCGUCCCAAGGCUGUGUUACUCCCGCCCCGCUGGUAGGUACAAAAGUAACGUUGUGGUAGUUCUGUUGUCCAUCUAUUUAAUUUAAACUCAAUUACCCUAGAAAUUAAAGUUGCCAAUGGUAGAGGACAUAAUAAGUUGUUUGGCAUAAAAUAUGGUGUCUCUAGCUCUAUCGAUCUCUGAGUAAUUAGGAAAAAAACAAAAAAAAUUCUUUAUUUUUUCUUUAUUUAAAUUUUUAUAGGGGGUAGAUCAGCUUAAUAUUGCAGAUAGAUUGUAACUUCCAUCAAUGUAAUUGUCUGCAUCACUUCCAAUCCCCCAUGUUUAUAUAUAUAUAUAUAUAUAUAUAUAUACACACACACAGUGGGGAGAACAAGUAUUAGAUACACUGCCGAUUUUGCAGGUUUUCCUACUUACAAAGCAUAUAGAGGUCUGUAAUUUUUAUCAUAGUUACACUUCAACUGUGAGAGACGGAAUCUAAAACAAAAAUCCAGAAAAUCACAUUGUAUGAUUUUUAAGUAAUUAAUUUGCAUUUUAUUGCAUGACAUAAGUAUUUGAUACAUCAGAAAAGCAGAACUUAAUAUUUGGUACAGAAACCUUUGUUUGCAAUUACAGAGAUCAUACGUUUCCUGUAGGUCUUGACCAGGUUUGCACACACUGCAGCAGGGAUUUUGGCCCACUCCUCUCCAGAUCCUUCAGGUUUCGGGGCUGUCGCUGGGCAAUACGGACAUUCAGCUCCCUCCAAAGAUUUUCUAUUGGGUUCAGGUCUGGAGACUGGCUAGGCCACUCCCGGACCUUGAGAUGAUUCUUACGGAGCCACUCCUUAGUUGCCCUGGCUGUGUGUUUCGGGUCGUUGUCAUGCUGGAAGACCCAGCCACGACCCAUCUUCAAUGCUCUUACUGAGGGAAGGAGGUUGUUGGCCAAGAUCUCGCGAUACAUGGCCCCAUCCAUCCUCCCCUCAAUACAGUGCAGUCGUCCUGUCCCCUUUGCAGAAAAGCAUCCCCAAAGAAUGAUGUUUCCACCUCCAUGCUUCACGGUUGGGAUGGUGUUCUUGGGGUUGUACUCAUCCUUCUUCUUCCUCCAAACACGGCGAGUGGAGUUUAGACCAAAAAGCUCUAUUUUUGUAUCAUCAGACCACAUGACCUUCUCCCAUUCCUCCUCUGGAUCAUCUAGAUGGUCAUUGGCAAACUUCAGAUGGGCCUGGACAUGCGCUGGCUUGAGCAGGGGGACCUUGCGUGCACUGCAGGAUUUUAAUCCAUGACGGCGUAGUGUGUUACUAAUGGUUUUCUUUGAGACUGUGGUCCCAGCUCUCUUCAGGUCAUUGACCAGGUCCUGCCGUGUAGUUCUGGGCUGAUCCCUCACCUUCCACAUGAUCAUUGAUGCCCCACGAGGUGAGAUCUUGCAUGGAGACCCAGACCGAGGGUGAUUGACCGUCAUCUUGAACUUCUUCCAUUUUCUAAUAAUUGCGCCAACAGUUGUUGCCUUCUCACCAAGCUGCUUGCCUAUUGUCCUGUAGCCCAUCCCAGCCUUGUGCAGGUCUACAAUUUUAUCCCUGAUGUCCUUACACAGCUCUCUGGUCUUGGCCAUUGUGGAGAGGUUGGAGUCUGUUUGAUUGAGUUUGUGGAUAGGUGUCUUUUAUACAGGUAACGAGUUCAAACAGGUGCAGUUAAUACAGGUAAUGAGUGGAGAACAGAAGGGCUUCUUAAAGAAAAACUAACAGGUCUGUGAGAGCCGGAAUUCUUACUGGUUGGAUGGUGAUCAAAUACUUAUGUCAUGCAAUAAAAUGCAAAUUAAUUACUUAAAAAUCAUACAAUGUGAUUUUCUGGAUUUUUGUUUUAGAUUCCGUCUCUCACAGUUGAAAUGUACCUAUGAUAAAAAUGACAGACCUCUACAUGCUUUGUAAGUAGGAAAACCUGCAAAAUCGGCAGUGUAUCAAAUACUUGUUCUCCCCACUGCAUAUAUAUAUAUAUAUAUAUAUAUAUAUAUACAUACACAUACAUAUACAUAUAUAUAUAUACACAUAUACACACAUAGAUACAUACACACAUACGUACAUACAUACAUACAUACAUACAUACAUACAUACAGUGGGGAAAAAAAGUAUUUAGUCAGCCACCAAUUGUGCAAGUUCUCCCACUUAAAAAGAUGAGAGAGGCCUGUAAUUUUCAUCAUAGGUACACGUCAACUAUGACAGACAAAAUGAGAAAAAAAGAUCCAGAAAAUCACAUUGUAGGAUUUUUAAUGAAUUUAUUUGCAAAUUAUGGUGGAAAAUAAGUAUUUGGUCACCUACAAACAAGCAAGAUUUCUGGCUCUCACAGACCUGUAACUUCUUCUUUAAGAGGCUCCUCUGUCCUCCACUCGUUACCUGUAUUAAUGGCACCGGUUUGAACUUGUUAUCAGUAUAAAAGACACCUGUCCACAACCUCAAACAGUCACACUCCAAACUCCACUAUGGCCAAGACCAAAGAGCUGUCAAAGGACACAGAAACAAAAUUGUAGACCUGCACCAGGCUGGGAAGACUGAAUCUGCAAUAGGUAAGCAGCUUGGUUUGAAGAAAUCAACUGUGAGAGCAAUUAUUAGGUAAUGGAAGACAUACAAGACCACUGAUAAUCUCCCUCGAUCUGGGGCUCCACGCAAGAUCUCACCCCGUGGGGUCAAAAUGAUCACAAGAACGGUGAGCAAAAAUCCCAGAACCACACGGGGGGACCUAGUGAAUGACCUGCAGAGAGCUGGGACCAAAGUAACAAAGCCUACCAUCAGUAACACACUACGCCGCCAGGGACUCAAAUCCUGCAGUGCAAGACGUGUCUUCCUGCUUAAGCCAGUACAUGUCCAGGCCCGUCUGAAGUUUGCUAGAGUGCAUUUGGAUGAUCCAGAAGAGGAUUGGGAGAAUGUCAUAUGGUCAGAUGAAACCAAAAUAGAACUUUUUGGUAAAAACUCAACUCGUCGUGUUUGGAGGACAAAGAAUGCUGAGUUGCAUCCAAAGAACACCAUACCUACUGUGAAGCAUGGGGGUGGAAACAUCAUGCUUUGGGGCUGUUUUUCUGCAAAGGGACCAGGACGACUGAUCCGUGUAAAGGAAAGAAUGAAUGGGGCCAUGUAUCGUGAGAUUUUGAGUGAAAACCUCCUUCCAUCAGCAAGGGCAUUGAAGAUGAAACGUGGCUGGGUCUUUCAGCAUGACAAUGAUCCCAAACACACCGCCCGGGCAACGAAGGAGUGGCUUCGUAAGAAGCAUUUCAAGGUCCUGGAGUGGCCUAGCCAGUCUCCAGAUCUCAACCCCAUAGAAAAUCUUUGGAGGGAGUUGAAAGUCCGUGUUUGCCCAGCGACAGCCCCAAAACAUCACUGCUCUAGAGGAGAUCUGCAUGGAGGAAUGGGCCAAAAUACCAGCAACAGUGUGUGAAAACCUUGUGAAGACUUACAGAAAACGUUUGACCUGUGUCAUUGCCAACAAAGGGUAUAUAACAAAGUAUUGAGAAACUUUUGUUAUUGACCAAAUACUUAUUUUCCACCAUAAUUUGCAAAUAAAUUCAUAAAAAAUCCUACAAUGUGAUUUUCUGGAUUUAUUUCUCUCAUUUUGUCUGUCAUAGUUGAUGUUUACCUAUGAUGAAAAUUACAGGCCUCUCUCAUCUUUUUAAGUGGGAGAACUUGCACAAUUGGUGGCUGACUAAAUAUUUUUUUCCCCACUGUACAUACAUACAUACAUACAUACAUACAUACAUACAUACAUACAUACAUACAUACAUACAUACAUACAUACACAUACAUGUCCUUUAAAAAAGAAUAUUCCUGUUUAUUACUUUCCAACCCAACCACCCUUUCCCUACUUGGAAUAAACUAAUGAACAACAAUGCUUAGGCCUCUACUUCCAGCUUAUACUUACUAUCUACAUUUUAUGGACACAGUCAAUUUUACAAUAAUUAUAUUUUGUUUGUUUUUUCUCCUGAUUUUCUUCUACUCUCAACCUCUCCGAUCAUUUUCAUGAUGUCCAUCCGGUUUGCUUCUAUAUGCCAUAUCUUUCUAACUGUGCUCUUUCACAAAAGCUCCCAACCUACAACCUAUAUACUUAUUAUGGACACAGUAUGCUUACAUUAUUAGUUAUCUUGUUAUUAUUUGUUGUUAGUUGUUAUUAGUCCCAUCCUUCAACUCCAUUCAAUACCUCCCAUCUAUCUCUUAACAUCAUCCAUAUUGGAUUUCUAUUUGCCAUAUAUUUUUUGCCAUAACUGUACUGUGAUGUUUUACAAAAGUUCUGAACCUUUCUAUUCUCAUUGUUUCUACAGAUUGUGAAUUGAAAAUAAACAUUUUUGCUAAAAGUAUUAUUAUAUUAUUGAUCGAUUGACUAUUACUUUUCAGGUCACCCAGUAAUGCUAUCUGCAAGGUUAGCUCCAGGUAAAUAUUGCAAUCCUUUAGCCAUUCCUGGACCUGUGUCCAAAAACAAGCUACAAAUGGACAGUACCAAAACAAAUGAUCUAAUGAUUUUGUCUCUUCGCAGCAAAAUCUGUAGAGCUGGGAAGAUUGUAUCCCCCAUAUAAAUAACAUUCUAUUGGUAGCAAGAAUUUUAUAUAAUAAUUUAAAUUGAAAGAUUCUAAAUUUUGAAUCCAGUGUCGUUUUGCGUAUCAGUUCAUAAACACUAUGCCAUGGGAUCGGUACGUCAACAAUCUCUUCCCAACUAUUUUGCAAUCUAUAUGGGACAGCUGUCAAUCCUUUGGUCAUUAAAUGAAACUGGUAUACUUUUAUUUAUCACAGUUUUCCUUAACUAAUUAUGUUCUUUAAUGCAAGGCCGACAGACAAGUUCCUUACUUUCUCCCCCGUCCACUUUCCUCUUCCAUUUUUGCGGUAAAGCUGCAAUUAUUUGGUUGUAAUUUUGGGUAGAGCAGACAUUUCCAUAUGUUUUUGUUAGCUGCAUGUGAGACAUACAGUGGGGAAAAAAGUAUUUAGUCAGCCACCAAUUGUGCAAGUUCUCCCACUUAAAAAGAUGAGAGAGGCCUGUAAUUUUCAUCAUAGGUACACGUCAACUAUGACAGACAAAAUGAGAGAAAGAAAAAUCCAGAAAAUCACAUUGUAGGAUUUUUAAUAUAAUAAUAACAAUAUGCCAUUUAGCAGACGCUUUUAUCCAAAGCGACUUACAGUCAUGCGUGCAUACAUUUUUUUUUGUGUAUGGGUGGUCCCGGGGAUCGAACCCACUACCUUGGCGUUACAAGCGCCGUGCUCUACCAUCUGAGCUACAGAGGACCAAUUAAUGAAUUUAUUUGCAAAUUAUGGUGGAAAAUAAGUAUUUGGUCAAUAACAAAAGUUUCUCAAUACUUUGUUAUAUACCCUUUGUUGGCAAUGACACAGGUCAAACCUUUUCUGUAAGUCUUCACAAGGUUUUCACACACUGUUGCUGGUAUUUUGGCCCAUUCCUCCAUGCAGAUCUCCUCUAGAGCAGUGAUGUUUUGGGGCUGUCGCUGGGCAACACAGACUUUCAACUCCCUCCAAAGAUUUUCUAUGGGGUUGAGAUCUGGAGACUGGCUAGGCCACUCCAGGACCUUGAAAUGCUUCUUACGAACCCACUCCUUCGUUGCCCGGGCGGUGUGUUUGGGAUCAUUGUCAUGCUGAAAGACCCAGCCAUGUUUCAUCUUCAAUGCCCUUGCUGAUGGAAGGAGGUUUUCACUCAAAAUCUCACGAUACAUGGCCCCAUUCUUUCCUUUACACGGAUCAGUCGUCCUGGUCCCUUUGCAGAAUAACAGCCCCAAAGCAUGAUGUUUCCACCCCCAUGCUUCACAGUAGGUAUGGUGUUCUUUGGAUGCAACUCAGCAUCCUUUGUCCUCCAAACACGACGAGUUGAGUUUUUACCAAAAAGUUAUAUUUUGGUUUCAUCUGACCAUAUGACAUUCUCCCAAUCCUUUUCUGGAUCAUCCAAAUGCACUCUAGCAAACUUCAGACGGGCCUGGACAUGUACUGGCUUAAGCAGGGGGACACGUCUUGCACUGCAGGAUUUGAGUCCCUGGCGGCGUAGUGUGUUACUGAUGGUAGGCUUUGUUACUUUGGUCCCAGCUCUCUGCAGGUCAUUCACUAGGUCCCCCCGUGUGGUUCUGGGAUUUUUGCUCACCGUUCUUGUGAUCAUUUUGACCCCACGGGGUGAGAUCUUGCGUGGAGCCCCAGAUCGAGGGAGAUUAUCAGUGGUCUUGUAUGUCUUCCAUUUCCUAAUAAUUGCUCCCACAGUUGAUUUCUUCAAACCAAGCUGCUUACCUAUUGCAGAUUCAGUCUUCCCAGCCUGGUGCAGGUCUACAAUUUUGUUUCUGGUGUCCUUUGACAGCUCUUUGGUCUUGGCCAUAGUGGAGUUUGGAGUGUGACUGUUUGAGGUUGUGGACAGGUGUCUUUUAUACUUUAUAACAAGUUCAAACAGGUGCCAUUAAUACAGGUAACGAGUGGAGGACAGAGGAGCCUCUAAAAGAAGAAGUUACAGGUCUGUGAGAGCCAGAAAUCUUGCUUGUUUGUAGGUGACCAAAUACUUAUUUUCCACCAUAAUUUGCAAAUAAAUUCAUAAAAAAUCCUACAAUGUGAUUUUCUGGAGAAAAAAAAUCUCAAUUUGUCUGUCAUAGUUGACGUGUACCUAUGAUGAAAAUUACAGGCCUCUCUCAUCUUUUUAAGUGGGAGAACAUGCACAAUUGGUGGCUGAAUAAAUACUUUUUUUCCCCACUGUAACUCCACCAGUCCUACUUAUGAUAUAAUCUACCAAGAUUAUACCUUUUUUAAAUAUUUUGUCAAAAAAAUAAGGUUUUUUGUCAAGUAGUAUAUUUGAGUUCAACCACAAUAUUUGUUGCAAUAUUUGUUCUGUCGUUUCUGGAGGAUUCAAUUGAAAUUGCAACCAAAUUUCUAUGGCUUGUUUUAGAAAUAGUGAUAUUUGGGAGAUGAUAUCCUUUUCAAAUAACUGAAAGUGAGAGGUUGUAAUCUGAAUAAAGGGAAAAAGGCCAUUCUUGAACAUUGGGUGAGACAAUCUUACUAAUUUGCUAGAGAACCAGUUCGGAUUUAAGUAUAACUUUUGUAUGACUGAAGCUUUUAGUGAUAGGUCUAAUGCUUUAAUUUUUUUUAAUUUCUGUCCCUGAAUUCAUAUUCAUUAUAUAAAUAGGCCCGUUUAAUUUUGUCUGGCUUGCCGUUCCAAAUAAAAUUUAAUAUUUUUUUCUCAUAUAAUUUAAAAAACUGUUCGCUAGGCGUAGGCAAGACCAUAAGCAAAUAGGUAAACUGGGAUAAUACUAAAGAGUUAAUCAGGGUGAUUUUUCCACAAAUGUACAGGUAUUUACCUUUCCAUGGUAGCAAGAUCUUUUCUAUUUUUGCUAACUUUCUAUUAAAAUGUAUUGAAGUGAGAUCAUUUAUUUCCUUUGGGAUAUGUAUUCCGAGUAUAUCCACAUCACCAUCAGACCAUUUUAUUGGUAAACUACAUGGUAAUGUAACAUUUUUAUUUUUUAGUGAUCCAAUACGUAAUAUAGUACAUUUGUCAUAAUUUGGUUGUAAUCCAGAGAGGUUAGAAAAUGUAUCUAGAUACUCUAUGAGGCUGUGGAGGGAGUCUAGUUGUGGAUUUAAAAGAAAACAUGAAUCAUCAGCGUACAAUGACACCUUUGUUUUUAAGCCCUGGAUUUCUAAUCCCCUGAUAUUAUUGUUGGAUCUGAUUUUAAUAGCUAACAUCUCGAUGGCCACAAUAAAUAGAUAUGCCGAAAGUGGACAACCUUGUUUCACUUCUCUUGACAGUUUAAAACUUUCUGAGAAAUAGCCAUUAUUUACUAUUUUACACCUAGGGAUACUAUACAUGAUUUUCACCCAUUUUAUAAGAGAUUCUCCAAAAUUGAAAUGCUCCAGGCAUUUAUAUAUAAACCCCAGUCGUACUUUAUCAAAAGCCUUUUCGAAGUCUGCUAUGAAUAGCAGGCCUUGUUUCCCAUAUUUUCCAUAGUGUUCUAUUGUUUCCAAUACUUGCCUUAUAUUAUCUCCAAUGUAUCUUCCAUGUAAAAAACCUGUCUGAUUAGAAUGAAUAAUAUCAGACAAUACCUUUUUAAUUAUAUGCACUAUACAUUUUGCUAGAAAUUUUGCAUCACUACACUGAAGUGUAAGGUACCUCCAAUUUUUUAAAUGGACUGGAACUUUAUAUUUUCCACUUGUAUCCUGUUUCAGUAAUAAUGAGAUCAGACCUUCUUCUUGAGUGUCAGAUAAUCUAUCAUUUACACAUGAGUGGUUAAAACAUGCUAAUACCGGUCCUCUUAGUAUAUCAAAAAAGGUUUGGUAUACCUCGACUGGUAUGCCAUCCAACCCUGGAGUUUUCCCGGACAUAAAGUCUUUCAUUGCAUCCAGAAGUUCCUCCUCUGUAAUUUCACCUUCACCUGAGUCUUUCUGUAUGGCUGUUAAUUUUACAUUAUCAAUAGAAAAAAAAUCUCUACAAUUAGCUUCAGUUAGAGGAGAUGGAGGCGACUGAAAUGAAAACAUAUGCUUAAAGUACUUUUUUUCCUCCUUCAAAAUAUAAUUUGGUGAAUCAUGGGUGACUCCGUCAAUUGUAACCAGUUUCAUUACAUUCUUUUUGGUAGCAUUCCUAUGUUGAAGAUUAAAAAAUAAUUUGGUGCAUUUUUCCCCAUAUUCCAUCCAGUUUGCUUUAUUUUUAUAAUAUAUUACACUUGAUCUUUCUUGAAUAAGUUUCUCCAUUUCUUUUUGUUUUUCCUCUAAUUUAUUCUGAGCCUCUAUGUUACAGUUUUUAUUGCCAUCUAUUUGUUCUGUUAGACUUUCUAUUUCCUUUGUUAGUAUAAACUCGUUUGACCUAAAUUGCUUUUGUUUUCGAGAUGAGUACUGAAUUGCAUGGCCUCUAAAGGCACAUUUAAAGGCAUCCCAUACAAUAAGGGGGUACCUAAGUUAUGUCGGAAAAAGUCAGUUAUAACAUUUUUGACAUGCGUUUUUCUGGAUUUUUUUGUUGUUAUUCUGUCUCUCAUUGUUUAAAUAAACCUUCCAUUAAAAUUAUAGACUGAUCAUUUCUUUGUCAGUGGGCAAACGUACAAAAUCAGCAGGGGAUCAAAUACUUUUUUCCCUCACUGUACAUAAUAAACUCAAACUCACUAUUGUUGGUAAAGGUGAGGACCAAGAAGGCAGAAUCCAUUUCCUUAAAUGUAUCCAUAAUGGAAGGAAAAUUGCCUUUAUUGAUAUGUAUACUCCAAAUUCAUACGAUCCUACAUUUUUUUGAUACUCUGAACAACAUAUUGUUAGAAUUAACAGAAUUCCAUCUGGUUAUUGGGACAGACAUGAAUGCCAUUUUGGACAUGGGAGACAAAUCUAAUAAGACCAACUACAAUCCACAAGCAACCAAGGCUGUCCAGCAUAUACUCUCUGAUUACAACCUCAUUGAUGCCUGGUGAGCACAUAAUCCUAAAGUACACUUUCCACUCAAACAGGCAUAAAUCAUUCCCAUGAAUCGAUUUCAUGCUAUUAUCUACACCUCUAUUUUCCUUAAUCAACAAAAUAGAAAUUCGACAUUUGAGCUUGUCUGAUCACCACACCUACUACUGCCAACUUCAUAUUUCAGAAUCUCCUAAAAGAGCCACAAGAUGGCGGCGUUUCAACAUUUCAUUGCUACAAAUUCCUACAUUCUGUGAUGAAUUUGAAAUUUGAACUCCAAAUUACCAAUAAAAAUUCAGACGAUUCACCCGGAUUCUAUGGGAUGCUACCAAAGGUUUUUAUAAAAAAAUUAUCCAACUACAUUUGGGUUGAAUAAAUCACAAUUAAAGAAGAUGUCAGAAAGAAGAAAUGUUGUUAACUGUGUUAGAGCGUUCUUAACAAGCACUCUUUUCAGACCAGGUAGCUAUUACUCUUUCCAAAGUCAAGACAGAACUGAAUUUAUUGAUAAGACAGAGAGCAGAAUUUGCCAUCCAUCGAGUUAGACUCAACCAUUACUUCCAUGGUAAUCAUCAACACGCUACGCAGUAAUGAUAAAUUAGCUGAUAUAGCAACUGUUGAAUCUGAAACAGGGGAAUUACUAUCAGAACUCAAAUUAAUAAAUCAAAGAUUCUCCCGCUUCUAUAAAGAACUGUUCAGCUUUGAUUGUAAAUUCAUACUGCCAGACUAAGUCCUUUCUAAAAUAAUUAAGAACUCUUCUCCCAACAGAGGAAGCCACCUCACUGGGAGGCCAAAUCUCUGUCAAUUAACUAAAAUGGCAUUGGAUAGCAUGAAUAAAGGCAAAUCAGCUGGAUGGGACGGUAUUCCUUCUGAGGUCUAUUUAACAUUUUGGAAUCAAUUAGGUCCACUAUUGCUCAGAAUGAUUAAUACAGCCGUUCACAAAAGUUCAGUUGGGAGAGAUGUGAACACAGCACUAAUUUCGCUUUUAUAAAAACAAAAACCUCCGUAACAUAUUUUUAAUGUACAAAGCCUUGCAAAAGUAUUCAUCCCCCUUGGCGUUUUUCCUACUUUGUUGCAUUACAACCUGUAUUUUAAAUGGAUUUUUAUUUGGAUUUCAUGUAAUGGACAUACACAAAAUAGUCAAAAAUUGGUGAAGUGAAAUGAAAAUUAUAACUUGUUUCAAAAAAUUGAAAAGAAUUAAUCACGUAAAACUGGUGCGUGCAUAUGUAUUCACCCCCUUUGCUAUGAAGCCCCUAAAUAAGAUCUGGUGCAAAAAAUUACCUUAAGAAUUCAUAAUUAGUUCAAUAAAGUCCACCUGUGUGCAAUCUAAGUGUCACAUGAUCUGUCACAUGAUCUCAGUAUAUAUACACCUGUUCUGAAAGGCCCCAGAGUCUGCAACACCACUAAGCAAGGGGUACCACCAAGCAAGUGGCACCAUGAAGACCAAGGAGCUCUCCAAACAGGUCAGGGACAAAGUUGUGGAGAAGUACAGAUCAGGGUUGGGUUAUAAAAAAAUAUCAGAAACUUUGAACAUCCCACGGAGCGCCAUUAAAUCCAUUAUAAAAAAAUUGAAAGAAUAUGGCACCACAACAAACCUGCCAAGAGAGGGUCGCCCACCAAAACUCACAGACCAGGUAAGGAGGGCAUUAAUCAGAGAGGCAACAAAGAGACCAAAGAUAACCCUGAAGGAACUGCAAAGCUCCACAGCGGAGAUUGGAGUAUCUGUCCAUAGGACCACUUUAAGCCAUACACUCCACAGAGCUGGGUUAUACGGAAUAGUUGCAAGAAAAAAGCCAUUGCUUAAAGAAAAAAAUAAGCAAACACGUUUGUGGGAGACUCCCCAAACAUAUGGAAGAAGGCACUCUGGUCAGAUGAGACUAAAAUUAAGCUUUUUGGCCAUCAAGUAAAAUGCUAUGUCUGGCGCAAUCCCAACACCUCUCAUCACCGCGAGAACACCAUCCCCACAGUGAAGCAUGGUGGUGGCAGCAUCAUGCUGUGGGGAUGUUUUUCAUCGGCAGGGACUGGGAAACUGGUCAGAAUUGAAGGAAUGAUGGAUGGCGCUAAAUACAGGGAAAUUCUUGAGGGAAACCUGUUUCAGUCUUCCAGAGAUUUGAGACUGGGACGGAGGCUCACAUUCCAGCAGGACAAUGACCCUAAGCAUACUGCUAAAGCAACACUUGAGUGGUUUAAGGGGAAACAUUUAAAUGUAUUGGAAUGGCCUAGUCAAAGCCCAGACCUCAAUCCAAUUGAGAAUCUGUGGUAUGACUUAAAGAUUGCUGUACACCAGCGGAACCCAUCCAACUUGAAGGAGCUGGAGCAGUUUUGCCUUGAAGAAUGGGAAAAAAGCCAAGCUUAUAGAGACACACCUCAAGAGACUUGCAGCUGUAAUUGCUGCAAAAGGUGGCUCUACAAAGUUUUGACUGGGGUGAAUAGUUAUGCAUGCUCAAGUUCUGUUUUUCUUGUCUUAUUUCCUGUUUGUUUCACCCCAAAAAAUAUUUAUAUUUCGGGGGGGGGGGGGGGGGGGGGGGGUGCGCACGGUGGAGGAAGUGUCUGGACACCAACGGAAUCAGCUAGGCACCUACCCUGACACUCUAGCGACCACCCCAUGAGAACCCUCUGCGGCCAUGCAAAGGUGGGGUUGUGUAGUGCUUACCUGGGAAGACCAACAACAACAGGGAAAUCGGAGGACAAAAUAAUACAGAAUUUGAAAUGCUCUCUAUGGGUCCUUUGGGUAACCAUCGUGACUGGUGCUGUAACUUCCCUAAAAAACCCUGACCCUAAUGGUCGACUGUCAAGUGCUUUGAUGGGCAGUGGAGUGGAUAGGGGAACCAAUGGAAUACCUAGACUUAGAGCUAACGACCUGUCCAUAAAGUUCCCAGCUGCGCCUGAAUCGACCAGCGCCUUCCACUGGGAAACUACUGGGUAGUCAGGGAAGGUGACGUGUGCAGUAGAGGGCUCUGACCGAGGGUGGGUUUGCGCUACCUGGGGUGAUGCGAGAGUACCCUGCCUGCCGCCUCCAGACCCGGAAGAACACUGACGACAGUGUGCAGUAUAAUGUCCUCUUCUGCCAAAAGAGUGACACUGAGCUGUCCUCUGUUCUCCCGGAUCGCUGCUCCAUCGAAACGGACUCCGAGUUGGGGGGGGUGAAACGGGCAGGCCACUCCCAGGACAUCCUCUAGCCGCCAGCAGGUUGUCCAACCGGAUGGCCAUGUCCACCAGCUGGUCGAAGGUUAAUAUGGGAUCCCUGCAGGAUAGCUCCCCUCUGACGUCCUCUCGCAGGCUGCACCGGAAAUCCGUCGAUCAGGGCCUGCUUGUUCCACCCGGACCCAACCGCUAGGAUCAGAAACUCUAGGGCGAAGUCCUGCGCGGUCCUCGUCCACUGCCUCAGUUGGACCAGACGCACGCCCGCCUCUCGUCCUUCGGGCGGGUGGUCGAAGACCGCCCGGAAGAGGCGAGCAAACUCCCCGUAGUUGUCCAACGCGGUUCCUCCUUCUCUCCAGACCGCAUUGGCCCACUCCAGGGCUUUCCCCGAGAGGCAGGAGACGAGGGCAGACACCUUCUCCCGCUCCGAUGGAGCCGGGCUGAUGUUCACGAUGUAGAGGUCCAGCUGCAGGAGGAAUCCCUGGCAGCGGGCAGCCGUCCCGUCAAACUCCAUCGGUCGGGAUAGAUGAAUCCCUCAGGGUGCUGGAGUGUGGGUGGCUGGAUCUGGUUGCUCAGCUGGUCCCGAUGGGUCGGGUCCUCUCCUCUCCAGGCGUUGGACGACCUGGAGAACCCGAUCCAUCGCUUCUCCUAAGCUGGUGAGCAUCCUGGAAUGCUCGUGGACCCGUGCAAUGAUUCCAGGCAUGGGCUCUUCUCCUGCUGAUUCCAUGGCGGGUGUGUGAUUCUGUGGCAUGUGAUUUGGACGGAGUCAGGCGCAGGAGGGUAAAUCACAGAAUAAAGGUUUAUUCCGUCUACAUGUCGAUACAACGUACAAGGAGCUCCACCGAGCUCAUAUAACCUCCACAAUAAACAAUCUCACACAAAGACAAGGGGGCAGAGGGAACACUUAUACAGGUACUGAUGAGGGGAAUUGAAACCAGGUGUGUGUAAUAAACAAGACAAAACAAAUGGAAUGAUGAGAUGAGGAGCGGCAGUAUUUCAAUAGAACAUCUUGAGUUAUUUUAUCAUUACAUUGAAAGAUACGGAUCUAAUUAUACGUUUUGUUUAUUUUUAAACAUCUUUCUCUGAAAAAUGUUGUCCCCACUUUUGAUGUCACUACCAAAACACACACUUUAAAAGACUGCCAUAAGCCACACCCAUCCAAAUUUCACCAGGGGAUGGGAUUGCACCCCUCUCCACUAUGACCACAUGGUGAGUAGUCUGCAAACAUUUUUGAGAAAAUGAGUGAGCACGUUGGUAAAUCUUCACGUGUCGCUACGGAACGAACAUCUAAUAUAUCAUGAAAUAUGUAAAGUACGGUUUUGGGACAAAAAUAUACACUGAGUAUACAAAAUAUUAUGAACACCUGCUCUUUCCAUGACAUAGACUGACCAGGUGAGUCCAGGUGAAAGCUAUGAUCCCUUAUUGAUGUCACUUGUUAAAUCCACUUCAAUCAGUGUAGAGGAAGGGGAGGAGACCGGUUAAAGAAGGAUUGUCAAGCCUUGAGACAAUUGAGACAUGGAUUGUGUACAGUGGGGAGAACAAGUAUUUGAUACACUGCCAAUUUUGCAGGUUUUCCUACUUACAAAGCAUGUAGAGGUCUGUAAUUAUUAACAUAGAGAGACGGAAUCUAAAACAAAAAUCCAGAAAAUCACAUUGUAUGAUUUUUAAGUAAUUAAUUUGCAUUUUAUUGCAUGACAUAAGUAUUUGAUACAUCAGAAAAGCAGAACAUAAUAUUUGCUACAGAAACCUUUGUUUGCAAUUACAGAGAUCAUAGGUUUCCUGUAGGUCUUGACCAGGUUUGCAGACACUGCAGCAGGGAUUCUGGCCCACUCCUCCAUACAGACCUUGUCCAGAUCCUUCAGGUUUCGGGGCUGUCGCUGGGCAAUAUGGACUUUCAGCUCCCUCCAAAGAUGUUCUAUUGGGUUCAGGUCUGGAGACUGGCUAGGCCACUCCAGGACCUUGAGAUGCUUCUUACGGAGCCACUCCUUCGUUGCCCUGGCUGUGUGUUUCGGGUCAUUGUCAUGCUGGAAGACCCAGCCACGACCCAUCUUCAAUGCUCUUACUGAGGGAAGGAGGUUGUUGGCCAAGAUCUCGCGAUACAUGGCCCCAUCCAUCCUCCCCUCAAUACGGUGCAGUCGUCCUGUCCCCUUUGCAGAAAAGCAUCCCCAAAGAAUGAUGUUUCCACCUCCAUGCUUCACGGUUGGGAUGGUGUUCUUGGGGUUGUACUCAUCCUUCUUCUUCCUCCAAACACGGCGAGUGGAGUUUAGACCAAAAAGCUCUAUUUUUGUAUCAUCAGACCACAUGACCUUCUCCCAUUCCUCCUCUGGAUCAUCCAGAUGGUCAUUGGCAAACUUCAGACGGGCCUGGACAUGCGCUGGCUUGAGCAGGGGGACCUUGCGUGUGGUUUAAUCCAUGAGGGUUUUAAUGGUUUUCUUUGAGACUGUGGUCCCAGCUCUCUUCAGGUCAUUGACCAGGUCCUGCCGUGUAGUUCUGGGCUGAUCCCUCACCUUCCUCAUGAUCAUUGAUGCCCCACGAGGUGAGAUCUUGCAUGGAGCCCCAGACCGAGGGUGAUUGACCGUCAUCUUGAACUUCUUCCAUUUUCUAAUAAUUGCGCCAACAGUUGUUGCCUUCUCACCAAGCUGCUUGCCUAUUGUCCUGUAGCCCAUCCCAGCCUUGUGCAGGUCUACAAUUGUAUCCCUGAUGUCCUUACACAGCUCUCUGGUCUUGGCCAUUGUGGAGAGGUUGGAGUCUGUUGAUUGAGUGUGUGGACAGGUGUCUUUUAUACAGGUAACAAGUUCAAACAGGUGCAGUUAAUACAGGUAAUGAGUGGAGAACAGGAGGGCUUCUUAAAGAAAAACUAACAGGUCUGUGAGAGCCGGAAUUCUUACUGGUUGGUAGGUGAUCAAAUACUCAUGUCAUGCAAUAAAAUGCAAAUUAAUUACUUAAAAAUCAUACAAUGUGAUUUUCUGGAUUUUUGUUUUAGAUUCCGUCUCUCACAGUUGAAGUGUACCUAUGAUAAAAAAUUACAGACCACUACAUGCUUUGUAAGUAGGAAAACCUGCAAAAUCGGCAGUGUAUCAAAUACUUGUUCUCCCCACUGUAUAAACUGCAUUUUGCUGAUGUGGACAUUUCUCUGACUGCCUUGUCACGAUGUGUUGCUUCAUCACUAGCUAGCAGUCUCUGGCUGCAUCCCAGAUGGCACCCUGUUCCCCAUUUAGUGCGCUACUUUUAACCAGCCCCGAUCAAAGGUAGUGCACUAUAUAGGGAAUGGGGUGCAAUUUGGGACGCAAUCCUCUGUUUAUUAGCUUUAGUGUAGAGAAAUAUUUCCAAUCCAAGGUCCUUAUUUAAACAAGCCUGUUGUGAUUACUCUACUCUAAUCACAACCUCUGCUUUAAAGGUAAAUAUAACUAGCUAGGCUGUCACAGAAACAUGUAGCUAAACUAAGCUGGUGGUCGUAUGGUAUGUAUGGGGGAGGAGUUGUCUGUGUGUGUGUGUGUGUGUGUGUGCCUGCAACUAUGUGUGUGUGGUGCCUCCGCUGCGAGUGAGCAUUAUACCCAGGGCCAAUAGGAGAGAGGGACCACACUCUAGCACAUCCUGUUUGACUUGACCUCAGAGGAUAUUCUCCUUUCCCAAGCAAACAAACCACCAGCCUUUUGGACCGUACCUACCUCUGUCUGAGGGCAGUCUCUCUCUCUCUCUCUCUCUCUCUCUCUCUCUCUCUCUCUCUCUCUCUCUCACUCACUCACUCACUCACUCACUCACUCACUCACUCACUCACUCACUCACUCACUCCCUCUCCCACUCUCUCUCAGAUCGUACCAACGUCGGAGGGGAAGGGAGGGGAUGACAGACAGGAGGGUCUCUUCCUCUCGCUCUCUCUCCCGCUCCCUCUCUCCCUCCCUCUCCCACUCUCUCUCAGAUCGUACCAUAGUCGGAGGGGAAGGGAGGGGACGGGAGACAGGGGGAUCUCUCUCUCCAUGGUGGUGAACUGAGGGUUAUACUACAAAGCAGGAUCAAGGGGUAAGCACGCUAACUAGCCUAAAUAUUCGGAUAAAACACGUAAUUUUUUUUACAAAGAUAAGCUUGAAAUGGGCGUGGUCUAAUAAUUGGACGACAUGGGUCCCAUUGUGCCUGGCGAAAACCAAACACUGCAUUCCACAGUAAGAACCUCAUACCAACGGUCAAGCAUGGUGGUGGUGAUGUGAUGGUUUGGGGAUGCUUUGCUGCCUCAGGACCUGGACGACUUGCCUUAAUAGAAGGAACCAUGAAUUCUACAGGAGAAUGUCAGGCCAUCUGUCUGUGAGCUGAAGCUGAAGCACAGCUGGGUCGUGCAGCAAGACAAUGAUCCAUUACACAAUCAAGUCUACAUGAAAAUGGCUAAAAAGCAACACGUUUGAAGUUUCAGACCUAAUCACAAUUGAAAUGUUGUGGCAGGACUUGAAACAAGGUGCUCAUGCCCUUAAAGCCAACCAACGUCAAUUCCUCCACAGCGAUGUGAGAGACUGGUCAACAACUACAGGAAGCGUUUGGUUGCAGUCAUUGCAGCUAAAGGUGGCACAACCAGUUAUUGACUGUAAGGGGAGCAAUUACGUUUUCACACUGGGGCAUUGGGUGUUGCAUAACUUAGUUUAUUAAAUAAAUGAAAACAUUUGUUUUAUUUGUAAACUCGGGUUCCCAUUAUCUAAUAUUAGGUUUUGGUUGAAUAUUUGAUAACAUUCAGUGUCCAAAAUAUGCAAAAAUCAUCCAGUCCAACAUCCAGCCUACACAUGGUAACAUGAAAAGGAUAACAGUCCAUGUUGUGAGUAAUGUUGUCCCACUGACUCCAUUUUCCCUGCAGUGUUUUUGGUCGAGUGUCUAGCAUCACCUACAUUACAACUGACAAAACAACAUAACAGCAUAAGCCUGUGUGUGUGUGUGUGUGUGUGUGUGUGUGUGUGUGUGUCUGUGUGUGUGUGUGUGUGUGUCUGUGUGUGUGUGUCUGUGUGUGUCUGUGUGGUGUGUGUGUGUGUGUGGUGUGUGUGUGUGUGUGUGUGUGUGUGUGUGUGUGUGUGUGUGUGUGUGUGUGAAAACGUUGUGCGGUGAGUGGGUACAGUGCUGUAAAGACUUCACCACAGUGAGAUUAGUGUCAGUCGGCAGGGAUAAUCCCAUUGUCUAAACACUGCUGCUGACCCAAAGCUUCCUGGCGCGCACACUCGCAUUACCGAACCGUGUUUCAAGAGAAGAGCAUUACCGAACCGUGUUUCAAGAGAAGAGCAUUACCGAACCGUGUUUCAAGAGAAGAGCAUUACCGAACCGUGUUUCAAGAGAAGAGCAUUACCAAACCGUGUUUCAAGAGCAUUACCGAACCGUGUUUCAAGAGAAGAGCAUUACCGAACCGUGUUUCAAGAGAAGAGCAUUACCGAACCGUGUUUCAAGAGAAGAGCAUUACCAAACCGUGUUUCAAGAGAAGAGCAUUACCGAACCGUGUUUCAAGAGAAGAGCAUUACCAAACCGUGUUUCAAGAGAAGAGCAUUACCGAACCGUGUUUCAAGAGAAGAGCAUUACCGAACCGUGUUUCAAGAGAAGAGCAUUACCGAACCGUGUUUCAAGAGAAGAGCAUUACCGAACCGUGUUUCAAGAGAAGAGCAUUACCGAACCGUGUUUCAAGAGAAGAGCAUUACCGAACCGUGUUUCAAGAGAAGAGCAUUACCGAACCGUGGUUGCGUCUGAAAUGGCCCCGUAUUAUAGUGCACCACUGACCCUAUGGGCUCUGGUCAAAAGUAGUGCACUAUAUAGGGAGCCAUUUUGGACGCAGCCAAGUAUAUUUCAAGAGCACUACCAUUGUAGGAUGCUGUACAUUUUAGUCAUUUAGCAGACGCUCUUACAGUUAGUGAGUGCAUACAUUUUCAUACUGGUCCCCCCGUGGAAAUCGAACCCACAACCCUGGCGUUGCAAGCGCCAUGCUCUACCAACUGAGCUACAGGGGACUGUAGUCAUGCUAAUUCACUGAUUUUAUAAAGUUGAGGUGGUGCUACCCUUAAAGCGAGAGCGAUGCCUCUUUAGCCUAUAGAGUGAAAGACUACCGUAUGUUUCCAUAAUUACCAGCGUUGAGUAUACUAGUAGUUGUAUAAGCCAGUGAAAUGUAUGACACCUUUCCCGCUCUUAGGAAAGUGAGAAUGUCAGUUGUAUUCUACUCAAAAUGUAGAAAUGUCCAACUGUUUCCAUUGGAUUUCUCUAAUCAAUUUAUGAAAAUCACUCCAAACCAUUUCCCCUUAUGGGAGGCAUUUGGUCCGUUGUUUCAGAUUUGUGUUGGUGGUCAAUUCCACUUUUUGAUGGCACAGUAUGCCAUGUACAUUUUACACAGUGCAACUAACCUCACUUUUUAAGAGUACUGAGUAGUUACUUGGUUCUGUCAGAAGUUUGGUCCCUCAUUUAAGCACCGUAAGCCAUCUCUCUCCUCUUUGUUGGUGGCCCACUCUUUGUCAGUGACUUUAACAAUGACAAAAAGCUAUCUUUCUUAUUUAAUUAAAGAUGUAUGGCUAAGGAGUUACAUACGUUCCUCACUGUCAAAAGGUGGGGGUUAGUGGGGAUUAUGACCUCACUCCUCCCGUCAGUCCCACAGCGUCACAGCUUCACCAAAACAGCUUUGGCCGGCCGUUCAUGUUGCCGGUGUUGUGUAGUGAAGGGGAAAGGUCAGAGGAUCCUGCUGGUUCUACUGCUGUUGACACUGAACACAACGCACGGAGAGAGAGGCAGGAAAGUUUCAAAACGGAUACGGACAGUACAAGAAGGCCCGCUAUAUCAGUACAAGAAGUCCCGUUACAGAAGAUCUGGAAAAUCGUUAAAGACUCCAGCCACCCAAGCCAUAGGCUAUUCUCUCUGCCUCCGCACGGCAGGCGGUACCGGUGCAUCAGGACUGGCACCAACAGGCUCUUGAACAGGUUCUAUCCCCAAGCAAUAAGACAGAUAAAUAGCUGACAUAAUAGAUACACAGACUAUCUGAGUUAACCUUGUAUCCUCAUUGACCUUUUUAUUUUUGCACUGUCUCUAUGAACACUCACAGGGCCCUACACACACAGUCACUCCAAGACUCACAGGGCCCUACACACACUGUCACUCCAAGACUCACAGGGCCCUACACACACUGUCACUCCAAGACUCACAGGGCCCUACACACACUGUCACUCCAAGACUCACAGGGCCCUACACACACUGUCACUCCAAGACUCACAGGGCCCUACACACACUGUCACUCCAACACUCACACACUCACACACACUGUCACUCCAAGACUCACAGGGCCCUACACACUCACACACACUGUCACUCCAAGACUCACAGGGCCCUACACACACUGUCACUCCAAGACUCACAGGGCCCUACACACACUGUCACUCCAACACUCACACACUCACACACACUGUCACUCCAAGACUCACAGGGCCCUACACAUACUGUCACUCCAAGACUCACAGGGCCCUACACACUGUCACUCCAAGACUCACAGGGCCCUACAGACUCACACACACUGUCACUCCAAGACUCACAGGGCCCUACACACACUGUCACUCCAACACUCACAAACUCACACACACUGUCACUCCAAGACUCACAGGGCCCUACACACACUGUCACUCCAAUACUCACAGGGCCCUACACACACUGUCACUCCAAGACUCACAGGGCCCUACACACACUGUCACUCCAACACUCACAGACUCACACACACUGUCACUCCAAGACUCACAGGGCCCUACACACACUGUCACUCCAAGACUCACAGGGCCCUACACACACUGUCACUCCAAGACUCACAGGGCCCUACACACACUGUCACUCCAACACUCACACACUCACACACACUGUCACUCCAAGACUCACAGGGCCCUACACACACUGUCACUCCAAGACUCACAGGGCCCUACACACUGUCACUCCAAGACUCACAGGGCCCUACAGACUCACACACACUGUCACUCCAAGACUCACAGGGCCCUACACACACUGUCACUCCAAGACUCACAGGGCCCUACACACACUGUCACUCCAACACUCACAAACUCACACACACUGUCACUCCAAGACCCACAGGGCCCUACACACACUGUCACUCCAAGACUCACAGGGCCCUACAUACACUGUCACUCCAAGACUCACAGGGCCCUACACACACUGUCACUCCAACACUCACACACUCACACACACUGUCACUCCAAGACUCACAGGGCCCUACACACACUGUCACUCCAACACUCACACACUCACACACACUGUCACUCCAAGACUCACAGGGCCCUACACACACUGUCACUCCAACACUCACAAACUCACACACACUGUCACUCCAAGACUCACAGGGCCCUACACACACUGUCACUCCAACACUCACAAACUCACACACACUGUCACUCCAAGACUCACAGGGCCCUACACACACUGUCACUCCAAGACUCACAGGGCCCUACACACACUGUCACUCCAAGACUCACAGGGCCCUACACACACUGUCACUCCAACACUCACACACUCACACACACUGUCACUCCAAGACUCACAGGGCCCUACACACACUGUCACUCCAACACUCACAGGACCCUAUACACUCACACACACUCUAUCAUCUGCUCGCUCACACAUAAUAUGCACAUACAUUUAUACUGACUCUACAAAUCCGCACACCCACUCACAUACAAGCUGCUGCUGCUCUGUUUAUCUUAUAUCCUGUUGCCUAGUCACCUUACACCUAUACACAUCUACCUCGAUCACUCCAGUAUCCCUGCACAUUGUAAAUAUGGUAUUGGAACUGACCCUGUAUAUAGUAUGCUUACCCCUAUACACAUCUACCUCCAUCACUCCAGUAUCCCUGCACAUUGUAAAUAUGGUAUUGGAACUGACCCUGUAUAUAGUAUGCUUACCCCUAUACAUAUCUACCUCCAUCACUCCAGUAUCCCUGCACAUUGUAAAUAUGGUAUUGGAACUGACCCUGUAUAUAGUAUGGUAUUGGAACUGACCCUGUAUAUAGUAUGGUAUUGGAACUGACCCUGUAUAUAGGAUGCUUACUUACUUAUUGUGUUCUUUAGAUUUAUUCUUAUUUAUCGUGUGUUUUUUUUUUUUGUUGUAUUACAUUGUUAUUGAUUAUUGCAUUGUUGGGUUUUGAGUUAGCAAGAAAGGCAUUUCAAUGUACAUGUGUGCAUGUGACAUUAAAUCGUACAACUUGAAAAAGCAGGCCAGCAUUCAGCCAUGGCGAGAGAGAUAGGGCUGUCUGAUUCUGAAGGGGCUCUUACGGAACACCUAAAUGUCAUAAGGAAACUUUUUUGGUUUCCUCUGUCUAUAAACCCGAAGGCGCUUUCUUUAUCUCCCUCUAACCUUCCAUGGAGGUCAUCCUGGGCUACGGUGGCCCCAGAGGGACAGUCAACGUCUGGGAGUCUGGGAUUUGAACUGUCUGAGACUAUAGGGUCUGAACCUGUUACCGGUGGUUCUGAGCACCACAUCGUAAGCCACCACUCUUCGCUCUUAGUCUUAUACUGGGGUUAAAUCUGUCUGAGACUGGGUCUGGGUUUGAAACCAGAGUUGGGGGGUUUUAAACUUGCCUGUGACUGGGUCUGGGUUUGAAACCAGAGCUGGGGGGUUUUAAACUUGCCUGAGACUUGGUCUGGGUUUGAAAAAAUAAAAUAAAAAGUUGUAAAAAAAGGUUUUGCAAUCAACAGACAAAACACAUUCUACAUUCACAGAUGUGGCAGACAUAAAUCAUAUAAUAAAAUAAAAUAUAAAACAAAACAAACAACAACACAUUUGCAGCAGCACUAUCUGUGAUCAUGUUAGCUUUUUCCAGCUUUAGCUGAGACAAUGAGCAAAGAGUUAGUUUUUACAGCCCCUUACACAUCAUGUACAGUGGGGAGAACAAGUAUUUGAUACACUGCCGAUUUUGCAGGUUUUCCUACUUACAAAGCAUGUAGAGGUCUGUAAUUUUAUCAUAGGUACACUUCAACUGUGAGAGACGGAAUCUAAAACUAAAAUCCAGAAAAUCACAUUGUAUGAUUUUUAAGUAAUUCAUUUGCAUUUUAUUGCAUGACAUAAGUAUUUGAUACAUCAGAAAAGCAGAACAUAAUAUUUGGUACAGAAACCUUUGUUUGCAAUUACAGAGAUAAUAGGUUUCCUGUAGGUCUUAACCAGGUUUGCACACACUGCAGCAGGGAUUCUGGCCCACUCCUCCAUACAGACCUUCUCCAGAUCCUUCAGGUUUCGGGGCUGUCGCUGGGCAAUACGGACUUUCAGCUCCCUCCAAAGAUUUUCUAUUGGAUUCAGGUCUGAAGACUGGCUAGGCCACUCCAGGACCUUGGGAUGCUUCUUACGGAGCCACUCCUUAGUUUCCCUGGCUGUGUGUUUCGGCUCAUUGUCAUGCUGGAAGACCCAGCCACGACCCAUCUUCAAUGCUCUUACUGAGGGAAGAUCUCGCGAUACAUGGCCCCAUCCAUCCUCCCCUCAAUACGGUACAGUCGUCCUGUCCCCUUUGCAGAAAAGCAUCCCCAAAGAAUGAUGUUUCCACCUCCAUGCUUCACGGUUGGGAUGGUGUUCUUGGGGUUGUACUCAUCCUUCUUCUUCCUCCAAACACGGCGAGUGGAGUUUAGACCAAAAAGCUCUAUUUUUGUCUCAUCAGACCACAUGACCUUCUCCCAUUCCUCCUCUGGAUCAUCCAGAUUGUCAUUGGCAAACUUCAGACGGGCCUGGACAUGCGCUGGCUUGAGCAGGGGGACCUUGCGUGCGCUGCAGGAUUUUAAUCCAUGACGGCGAAGUGUGUUACUAAUGGUUUUCUUUGAGACUGUGGUCCCAGCUCUCUUCAGGUCAUUGACCAGGUCCUGCCAUGUAGUUCUGGGCUGAUCCCUCACCUUCCUCAUGAUCAUUGAUGCCCCACGAGGUGAGAUCUGGCAUGGAGCCCCAAACCGAGGGUGAUUGACCGUCAUCUUUAACUUCUUCCAUUUUCUAAUAAUUGCGCCAACAGUUGUUGCCUUCUCACCAAGCUGCUUGCCUAUUGUCCUGUAGCCCAUCCCAGCCUUGUGCAGGUCUACAAUUGUAUCCCUGAUGUCCUUACACAGCUCUCUGGUCUUGGCCAUUGUGGAGAGGUUGGAGUGUGUUUGAUUGAGUGUGUGGACAGGUGUCUUUUAUACAGGUAACAAGUUCAAACAGGUGCAGUUAAUACAGGUAAUGAGUGGAGAACAGGAGGGCUUCUUAAAGAAAAACUAACAGGUCUGUGAGAGUCGGGUUUACUGAUCCUGUACUAAUGGUGAUCAAAUACUUAUGUCUUGCAAUAAAAUGCAAAUUAAUUACUUUAAAAUCAUACAAUGUGAUUUUCUGGAUUUUAGUUUUAGAUUCCGUCUCUCACAGUUGAAGUGUACCUAUGAUAAAAAUUACAGACCUCUACAUGCUUUGUAAGUAGGAAAACCUGCAAAAUCGGCAGUGUAUCAAAUACUUGUUCUCCCCACUGUAUAUAGACUCAUGUCCCUAAUCAUCCACUCUGUCCAAUUUGAAAUAUAGUUGAGUAGUGGAGACCAGGGUCUAUCGAACCUGGGCUGUCUCUUGCGGAGGUCAUCAAUUAGCUUUUCAAGAGGAAGAAAGUAAACAGUCUGGUCAAUCCACAUUUUAAAUGUAGGAGAAGAAUUAGAAGCCUCAGUAGGAAUGUACAUUUUUUAGCAAAGUAUGUGAUAGUCAUUUUCUCUGUCUGGAUCAAGAACAAAGUCCUGCCAAAAGUGUGCAAAGCUGUCAUCAAGGCAAAGGGUGGCUACUUUGAAGAAUCUCAUAAAUAAAAUAUAUUUUGAUUUGUUUAACACUUUUUUGGUUACUACAUGAUUCCAUAUGUGUUAUUUCAUAGUUUUGAUGUCAUUACUAUUAUUCUACAAUGUAGAAAAUAGUAAAAAUAAAGAAAAACCCUGGAAUGAGUAGGUGUGUCCAAACUUUUGACUGGUACUGUAGGUUCCACUUUCAGAGGUACAUCUUUUACAAUCAGGAGAAAUGUCUGUAACUACUGUAGAUUCUUUCAUUUUUACAUUAGUACAGGAGCAGUGAAACCCUGUGACAAACAUCCGCCCAUAACUCACCACUGAGAGUGGUGAGUUUCAAAGGAGUAAAGGAGGAGCCCACAUUCUCAGAAAGGAUUCUAUAGAUAAAGGAGAUUUUGCCUUUCAUGGAUUGUGCUGUAGCAAGAAGGGUCUCAACUUCAUUCAGCUGACCUCUAAACCUCCCCUUGGAAGUGAAUGAGGAAAUUACAUGUCUAAUUUGAAGAUAUUUAAAAAAAAUAUACAGUAUAUCUUGGCACGUUGAAUUCCCUGCAGAGAUCUUGAAAGGAUUUCAGUGUAGUUGUGUUCUAAUGAAACAGGUCUGAGAAGGUCCUGAUCCCUAAAGAUUAAAGUUGGCAUCACUCAGGGCUUUUGGCAAGUCUGGGUUGCAUACUAUAGGAGAGUGAGAGCAUAUAUUUCUUACAGUCCUUCCAUGCUAGUAGAGUGCUGUAAAUCACAAAGGUUUUGGGUACGUUGCCCACUUCACUAAAGUUAUUCAUGAAUAUAAUUGAGCUUAGGGGCAAUGAACCACAGGAUUGGGCCUCUAUCUGAACCCACAUUGAGUCUUGUCCGUUUGUGAUCCAUGUUAGCACGUUGAGGAUUUGGGAAGACCAGUGGUACAGUAGGCAAGGAAGGAAGGGCAAGAACACCCUUAGAUUCAGGUUUCCAUAGAGUGGAGAAAGAUCCUAGGUUUUUUAUUGACCCAUGUACAUUUGGUGAUGCUUCCUAAAUGAUUACCGCCCAGGUAGCACUCAUGACGGUAGCCAUGAAGUGCUUUGAAAGGCUGGUCAUGGCUCACAUCAACACCAUCAUCCUGGAAACCCUAGACCCACUCCAAUUCGCAUACCACCCCAACAGAUCCACAGAUGACGCAAUCUCAAUCACUCUACACACUGCCCUUUCCCACCUGGACAAAAGGAACACCUAUGUGAGAAUGCUGUUCAUUGACUACAGCUCAGUGUUAAACACCAUAGUGCCCACAAAGCUCAUCACUAAGCUAAGGACCCUGGGACUAAACACCUCCCUCUGCAACUGAAUCCUGGACUUCCUGACGGGCCGCCCCCAGGUGGUAAGGGUAGGCAACAACACAUCUGCCACGCUGAUCCUCAACACUGGGGCCCCUCAGGGGUGCGUGCUUAGUCCCCUUCUGUACUCCCUGUUCACCCACGACUGCGUGGCCAAACACGACUUCCAACACCAUCAUUAAGUUUGCCGACGACACAACAGUGGUAGGCCUGAUCACCGACAACGAUGAGACAGCCUAUAAGGAAGAGGUCAGAGACCUGGCAGUGUGGUGCCAGGACAACAACCUCUCCCUCAAUGUGAGCAAGACAAAGGAGCUGAUCGUAGACUACAGGAAAAGGCAGGCCGAACAGGCACCCAUUAACAUCAACGGUGCUGUAGUGGAGCGGGUCGAGAGUUUAAAGUUCCUUGGUGUCCACACAACAAACAAACUAUCAUGGUCCAAACACACCAAGACAGUUGUGAAGAGGGCACGACAACACCUUUUCCCACUCAGGAGACUGAAUAGAUUUGGCAUGGGUCUCCAGAUCCUCAAAAGGUUCUACAGCUGCACCAUCGAGAGCAUCCUGACCGGUUGCAUCACCGCAUGGUACGGCAACUGCUCAGCAUCUGACCGUAAAGUGCUACAGAGGGUAGAGCGUACGGCCCAGUACAUCACUGGGGCCAAGCUUCCUGCCAUCCAGGACCUAUAUACUAGGUGGUAAAUACCCACCCCCCCUUUGUUUUUACACUGCUGCUACUCGCUGUUUAUUAUCUAUGCAUAGUCACUUUACCCCUACCUACAUGUACAAAUUACCUCGAAUAACCUGUACCCCCGCACAUUGACUCAGUACCGGUACCCCCUGUAUAUAGCCUCAUUAUUGUUAUUUUAUUGUGUUACUUUUUAUUUUAUUUAUUACUUACCAUUUCACGGUAAGGUCUAUACCUGUUGUAUUCGGCACAUAAAUAACAUUUGAUUUGAUUUGAUUUGGUUGUUCAAAAAAAAACAAGUCCCCUGUAGCUCAGUUGGUAGAGCAUGGCGCUUGCAACGCCAGGGUUGUGGGUUCGUUUCCCACGGGGGGCCAGUAUGAAAAUGUAUGCACUCACUAACUGUAAGUCGCUCUGGAUAAGAGCGUCUGCUAAAAUGUAAAAAUGUAAAAUGUAAAAAAUAAACUGGGAUAUAGUAUUGGAGCAUCUGAAAUAAAUAGUUCAAUCUAGGGAGGAUGUUCAUAUGGAUAACAUUGAUUCUUCCGACCAAUCUAAUUGGGAGGGAGAUCAAGGUUCGGAUAUCAUUCUUGAUUCCAUACGUAAAAAUGUAUGCACACAUGACUGUAAGUCGCUUUGGAUAAAAGCGUCUGCUAAAUGGCAUAUUAUAUUAUUAUUAUUAUAUUAUUGAUUCGAUCCAGGAGUGGGAGAUAAUUAUCCUUGAUAUGGGCAGUUCAGAUCUUGUGUUACAAAUAUUUCAAGGUGUUGAAACCCCUGUGUCUUCCAUUGGAACGGGCAGAGUGUCUUCAUAGAGCUGGAGAAAGAUUCCAAGGUAUUGAAAAAAUAAUGUAUGCACUCACUAACUGUAAGUCGCUCUGGAUAAGAGUGUCUGCUAAAUGACUAAAAUGUAAAAUGUUUUUUUUAAAACAGUAGAUGUUUGGUUUACUACCUGUAGCCUAAUCAGAAGGGACAGUUGCCUAGAUGUACUGACUUCUAAUGACAGCGGACUGACAAUUGUGAUAGAGAUGUGGCAAUGACCUUACUUGAUAACAUAAAUACCCUCAAAUUAAAGCUGACAGUCUGCACUUCACCCUCAUUGUCAUUGUAUCCUUUCAAUCUCAAAGUGCUAGAGCACAGAACCAAAAUAACAAAAGAAUGGUCACUGGCCAAUGAAUUAUGGAGCUCACUGUAUGUGCGAGAGCACGAAUUAUUGUUUAUGAAUAGUCACAUUUUGUAUCACGCCGCAUGUCAGCAAUCGCUACAUGGUGUACAUGUAAGGGUUCUGUUGAUACAAUACGUUACAGUUAGUUUUUACUAUUAUGCUGAUGGGAAGGAAGGUUCUAGAUUUGGUGAUAAACAGGUUUAUAUUUUUAAUAAAUCAAUCAAUGCAACAGGUUGCGAUGAUUAGAUUACCGGAAAGGGGUUAUAGGUUUAUUUUAUAGGUGUCUAUUCCACUUAGUGAAACAUGGUAUUAUCUGAUGUGUAGUAGUAUUCUAUCUUCCAGGAUUGGUGGAAGGAAGUCAUAGGAGACAACGUCUCAAACAACUUUGAUAAUAGAUGCCUGGGAGCAAAUAUCACUGAUUCUUUAUGUGGAGUAAUUGAUUAUAUUGGCGACUGAAUAAAAUAUGACAUUUAGUGGGGUGACAGGAACAAUCUAAGGUGAAACAGAUAUUAACAAUGUCGUUGAUCCAGUAACGAUACCAUUAUAAUUUGACAUGGGAGCAAAUGGAGACGAUUUUUGGGGGGUUGAAUAAUCCUUACAGACAGCGGAGUCUAAAGGGUAAUCAAUUAAAAAUACUCAUCGCAAACUCAGAGAACCUUGGGUGGUUUUCAUCUUGUUAGGGAGUUUAGGUCAUCUUAUUCUGGAGUAGAAACACGGAAUUAGAUUGAAACAAACGAUUAUUGAUGUGAGGUAGCACAGUGAAAUUAUCUGCAUCAUGUUUUUUUGUGUAAGUACUAUUUUUAGAUUGCUGAUUAUAACUGAAUGUUAACGAAACGUACACUUUCUCUUCCAGGAGAAUGGGGAUUUCAUUAUCUCUCAUUGGAAUGUUUCCCAAGUCUGUGGGCUGGAGGGAGCCGUUAGUAAAAUUUGGCAGUCUUAUAAUUCGGUCGUAAGAGGGAGCUUUUACCACACACACCUGCUCACACAACCCACCUGUUAUGAAUAUUUGUUAGUUGGGUAGGGUCUUUUAUUUUGUUUUCUGUUUGUUUUUCGGGGGUUAGAAAUUAUAUAUCUUAAAGGGACACACACAUGGAUUUUCUGAAGUUUUGUAUUCUGAGUGAGUUUUUGGGUAAACACAUGAUUUCUUUUUGAAAAGAGAUGUAAUGAAGACUUACUGUACACUUGGGAUACAUAAUUUAUGAAAUGUUUUGACUGUUGUUAAUGAUUAGUCUACUAUAGAAUGAAACACUUAUUUUGAAGGGUUUGAAUGACCUCUGUCCUGACUUUUUAGUGUGAUUUGAUAACCCACACUGGAAAACCGAGAGACAUAGGAUGAUGAAUCUAAAGUCAUUUAUUAUACCGAGUUGGGGGUCAUUGGUAAUACUGAUAAUUAUGAAGAAGUUUAUAAUUUGGCAAUAGUCAUAUACUGUAUAUGAUUCGGACCAUAACAAUGACAGAGAGAGCGCGCUAGCCCUGAAUGAGGGACACCUGUCGCUAGUAAAUCGUACUAUACCUUGAAAUACAUUAUGAGAUACAAUUAAGUUAAUAUGUUAUCAAGAGUUGUCAUUCUAAAUUGAUUUGUUAUUUUGAUUUACUGUUGUUGUUAAAAAAAUUUUGAACGCAUGAAUCACGAUGUGAGUCAUCUGUACAAAGGGAGAAUUACUGUUUUUCCUGGGGCUUUUGGUAAAUAUGAAAAUGGAAUUAAGAAUAUGAGCAGUAGUAAUGAAUGUGUUAUGGGUUAGAUGAAAUGUUUUAUGUGCAAAUGUAUUUGUGGUAGGAGGCAGAGUGUAGAGGAGGCCUGUGUCUAUGAAACUAGUAUACUACAAUAAGCUGCAAGAAUGUGCACUUCCUAAUCUCGAGGCUUCACCUGACUGAUGAGAAGACGUGGUACAGUAGCAUACGGUGUCUCACCUAACAAUGUUCUUAAGACUUUCUCCACAGGUAAAGGCUUCUCUGCCCAACGUAGCAGGAGAAUCUGAGCAUUUUCUUCACCCUGGAGACUUUGUGGUGGUAAAGGAUUCCGGAUCCUGUGACUCUGCGGUGUAAUGGACAGAUUGAUAAGGGGAGUAUAUUAGAAAUUGGUAUUAAGAAUAAUUGGUAAAACAUAAUAAUUUGUCAUAUACUCAAUGCUUAUAUGGAUUUCGUGGAUUAGAAAUGAACUCAGUAAACUGUUAUGAUCUGUCCUCUCUCGAGGUAACUAUAGAGGGUGUCUUGUUGGGGCGGCAGGUAGCUCAGUGGUUAAGAGCUUUGUGCCAGUAACCGAAAGGUCGCUGGUUCUAAUCCCUGAGCCGACUAGGUGAAAAAUCUGUUGAUGUCCCCUUGAGCAAGGCACUUAACCCUAAUUGCUCCUGUAAGUUGCUCUGGAUAAGAGCGUCUGCAAAAUGUAAAUGUUGAUGCAUAGCAGGGAUAAUUCGGCCUAGAAUGGUGUGAAUCUAAACCGACUGAAGAUUAUCAACAAAGGUGUUGAAUACGGUCCUGUCAGCACCACUUCUACCUGCAACCGGUGUACAGCAGCCAGUCGAACGUAUCAAGUGCUUUUGUCUCAUGUUUUUCUCUGGGGAGUGGGACAGGAGUCCACGAGGAGUGAGAAUGGAGAGAGAUCUGUUCAAAUACAACAUUUCUCAUGUUGUUGUUACACUGGUUGGCAAAUGGACAAGACAGAAUGGGGGUAGAGAUGGUGGUGACUCGGAUGAGACAUUGAAAUUGGGACAUUAUCAUGGGCAAUCCACAUUGAACUAUGAAGAUAUCUGAAGAACAUAAUGAAGAAACGCCAGAUGAUUGAGUGCCGGGGAAGAAAGGGGUUGGUCAGCUGUGUCCGUAAUUGAUUGACUGAUCUAAAAUUAUUAUUUGGGGUAUCAGGUUGAUGUAGGAGGUAUAUACACUGCUAAAUUUAUAGUAAUUGGGAUUAAGAAUGCAUUGUGAUAAUGAUCUGUAGUUAUUCUCAUGAUGAGGAAGGUAAUACUAGAAUUCUGGAUUGUUAUACUGUAUGUAAUAUAAGUGUACAUUCUGAGAGUGGUGAUAUGUGCUAAGCUGAGGGGUUUUAACUUUGAGUGAUAAGACCCAUGUGAGUCACUAAGCAUUGUCAUUCUAAAUUUGGGAUGAAUAAUUAAUUUGGAUAUGUUGAUGAUUUUUCAGUGGACUAUAGUUAAGUUUUUUCAGACUCAGUGAACUUUAAGAUCAACGUAGUUAAUCAACGAACAUGGAGACAGGGGUACAUACGUGUUUGAUAUGCAAGAACUUAAUUGGUUCCUAUCAUGGGGUUUGGUGUGUGUGACAUAGGAACGUUUACGCUAUUUUCAUCUGAUCUGACCUUGGGUUGAAUUCCUCAAUCCUAAAUAAUCCAAGGCUGUACUGAUUUAUCAGUGACUGAAACCAGAGUGUUAUCCUUUGCCUCUAUCCUCGGGCAUAUUAAUGGGAACAGAGUCAGGGUAGAACAGAGUUCAGACUAAACACGGUACCUACUAACAGUCAUGGGUUUUCCAGCAAUUGGGUCUGAAAUGGCACUCAGUAGACAAUAUGCAAUUAAUAAUCGCAAAGCAUUGAAUGAUUUUACAGCGACUAAAGGUGCGAGUGUAUGUGAUUAUAGGGGGAGAUGCAUGUUGUACAUACUUGCCAUCAGAAUAGGAAGGUUUUGGGAAUUUAACUAAAGAUAUGGGAAAUAUUAGAGAAAUACAUGAUGGGAUUAGUGAUUACAGCUAGAUAUGUAUCAGUCAAUAUUAAUUCAUGGAGGGGAAAGUACAAAUUAUUCAUCUAUAUUAUGUUAUCCAUUGAUAAUGUUGAUUGAGUUCUAUGGGGAAUUUACUCCAAUCAUAUUUAAAGCUAUGAGAGAAUAUUUUAUUUUGGAAAUCAAAUUUUAUGUGAAUUGUUUGGUCUGGGGAAUUUGACUGACAACAGAUAAAGAGAGAAAAAAGGGGAUUGAUAUGACGUCUUUUACACAGGAUUUGUUAAUGUCUUUGAUAUUGUGUUGCAUAGGAUUUUGAGGAUAAGGACAUUCCAUGUAUUUAUUUCUGUCACUGGUGGGUGCCAGAAGGUAUGCGUGCCAAGGAAGACUGGGGGGGCCACUGGUGCUAAUCUUAGAAGGAGUAUGUGAUGGAAUAUCCUGACUAGGGUGCAAGACGAUACCACAUAGGGUGAUACUAUUGUGGUUGGGAGUGACACCCAAUAAUGGUUGGCAACUGUUGGAUAGAAUUAGCUUGCAAAGCAGUAUAUAAACUGACAGGUUUUCUAUGUAAUUCAUUCGAAUAGUGACAUGCAACCCACAUGUAUCUUGUUAUGUUGAAUCCGGUGAAGAGUCCAAAUGACAAUAGGCCACCCACAUGCAGCUUGUCAUGUUGAACCCGGUACCGUAAUAUUAAAUACAUGUAUCAACUCUCCAGUGUUUAACUAUCUUCUUGCAUAUUGAAUUACUUGAUACCGGAGAAACUCAUCAUAGCAGCUCCUUAUCAACUCUGCCAGUGAGCGUCCUUGCCACGUCCCAAAUGGAAUCUGUCAGAAUUCAGACCGUUAGUUGACACCAUGGCAUUUGGAUGAGAAUUUAGGGACUUGAUCCAUUUAAUAAUGUUUGGGCCCAUAUUGAACUUUUGUAAGACUGAGAACAGAAAGCUCCAAUCCAUCCUGUCGAACGCCUUCUCAGCAUCCAGUGAAGCCAACAGGACAGGGGUCCACAUCCAGUUUGGUCCACUUUUAUUAUUAUGGGUAGAAGAGUGUUUAGUCUUUUGGUGAGCAAUUUGGUGAUUAUUUUGUAGUGGAAAUCCAACAAGCUUAUGGGCCGGUAGGACGAGCAGGAGAGAGGGUCCUUGUCUUUUCUGAGCAACACUGUAAUGCAGGCUGUGUACAUAGAGUCUGGGAGAGCUCAGUUCAUGCGGCCAUCUCAUUCAAUGGUCAAGUGAUCCCCCAGCUGGGGGUUUUAAACUUGCCUGAGACUGGGUCUGGGUUUGAAACCAGAGCUGGGGGUUUUAAACCUGUCUGAAACUGGGUCUGGGUUUGAAACCAGAGCUGGGGGUGUUAAACCUCUCUCAGACUGGGUCUGGGAUUGAACCUGUGGGUCUGAGAGCAGCCACAUCGUAAAACUCCACACCCAAUCCUUGCUCUUAGUCUUGUACCUCCAGCAUCAGUGUCAAUCUGCUCCGACCUCCAACAUAUUGGCCAACGCUCGCUUGAAUCAAGAUUUACUAUACUUUUACGACCGAGCCCAUCUGGACAUCAAACAUGGACUCCAUCAUGCAGCGACAGCCAACGUGGCCUCAUCAAUGUAA